GUGGGAGAGGGUGGGGGAGAGUUACUCACACUUACCCAGACAGAGAGCUGACUCUGUCAUUCAAACCUUGCACUGUGCACAAAGAGCUGUGUGCGAGAGAUGCCUCUGAGUGACUGACACCUUAGUGUCACUACUGUCCUGUCCUCAGCCCGAGUCUUCCCCCCGUGUCUCCCCUGUGCACCGUCUGGCUCCAGCAUGGGAAAGUUGCAGUUUGUGAAAUUAAUCCUCCUGGUUUAUUUGUGUUUCCCGUACUUUGGCAAUUCAGCCAGGCAAGAACUGCAAGGUAAGAGGAAUCUGUUCUCCCUGGGAUUUCCAUCAAGCUGUCUGUCUUUAACCAUUAAAAAUACACGUGUCGCUGGAGAAUGGCCAUAUCCAUUGCCCCAUUCUCUAUCUUCCCCUGUAUUAUCACACAGAAUAGCAGAGGGUUCUAAAAAUUAGAAGUACAUCCAUUGACAUCCUUUGGGAUGCCUGUACCAUGCUCCCUGGAUCAUUCUGUAUCCAAGUGUGUCCUGCGCACGCGUAACCCUUUCUGUCCCAGCAACAGGAGAGAGAUGCCCUCUUAAUUACUGAUGUACUUUUAGGAGGAGGUUUUAAGACCAGGCGUCUCUUUAUAGCUCUAAGUAGGUCCAUUGUGGGUAUCAAAAGGUUUUGAGUAAGGAUUCUUGGAGCUGCUUCAGUUAGUUUGUACCGUAUACUUUACCAUUAUAUUUCAAUGCAACACUGCGGAGCAUGUUGGUGCUAUAUAAAAAAUAGUAAAUAUUAAUAUUGUUGUAGCUGCAGAUGAGGCGAGGGUUUUUAGUUGAUCAGACCUGGAGAGAUACCAAUGCUACAAACUCACAUAUUUUAGGUGUUUGAAAGUUGUUGUUUUUUUAAUUGGAAAUGCAAGAAUAAUGCAGAUUUUAUUCCUGGCUUGACAUCUGAAGCAUCUCAAAGCCAGUAAUUGGCACCUUGGUGAGUGACCCCCUCCAGAAAGAAGUGUCAAAUGCAAAUAUAUAGGAGUAUAAGUGUGUUUGUUUUGCCCUAAUAUAUCCUAACGAAGAAGGCCCUUACUAGUAACUUUGUGUUGAGCCCAUGUGUUCAACAACUACACUGGCAGAUUUAACUGAAUAUAAGAUUACCGAAAAAUAUUUAACCUGCUUCUGCACACAGAAAUGAAAAUGCCCACAUUCCUAUAUAAUGUCUGACAUUCUCUAGUAAAAGGGCAGCUUGACAGUUCUUGCCCAUCAUGACUGAAGAAAAUUAUACAUUCAAACUUACCCAGAUACACAAAGGAAAUUAAUCAAAUCACAGCUGCAGUCAACCGUCUUAAUUCACACCUUUCUCUCCAUGUGGCCUCUCCUCCGUACAUGGCUCCACCUCUUUACCUGCAUUAAAGGGACACUAUAGUCACAGAACAACUACAGCUUAUUGAAUUUGUUCUGGUGAGUAGAAUCAUUACCUUCAGGCUUUUUGCUGUAAACACUGUCUUUUCAGAGAAAAUGCAGUGUUUACAUUGCAUCCUAGUGAUAACUUCACUGACCACCCCUCAGAUGGCUGUUAGAGAUCCUUCCUGGGUCAUGGCUGCCUAAUAUGCAUCCAAACAUUCAGUAUCUCCUCCCUCUGCAUGCAGAAACUGAACUUUCCUCAAAGAGAUUCAUUGAUUCAAUUCAUCUCUAUGAGGAGAUGCUGAUUAUCCAGGGCUGUGUUUGAAUUGUUCUGGCUCUGCUCCUGAUCUGCCUCUUUGUCAGUCUCAGCCAAUCCUAUGGGGAAGCAUUGUGAUUGGAUCAGGCUACCACUUCUGAUGAGGUCAGCAGACAGCUUGUUUUUCUGAGGCAAACAGCAUGCAGAGUUACAGCUUCAGGCUUGAAUACAGUAGGAUUUUGCUAUAUUUAUGGAGGCAUGAGGGACCCACAGGGGCUAGAUGGUGGUUUUAACACUAUAGGGUCAGGAAUACAUGUUUGUGUUCCUGACCCUAUAGUGAUCCUUUAAGUAUUCUGCUGCUUCGUGAUUGGUUAAUGUAGAAAUCUGGCUUAACGAUUUAUCUCAUACUGAGGGCUCUGUUCCCCUUCUGAUUGGUUAAUGUAGAUAUCUGGCUCCACCACUUAUCUUAUACUGAUGGAUCUGCUCCCCUUCUGAUUGGUUAAUUUAGAAAUCUGGCUCCACCACUUAUCUUAUACUGAGGGCUCUGCUCCCCUUCUUAUUGGUUAAUGUAGAUAUCUGGCUCCACCACUUAUCUUAUACUGAGGGCUCUGCUCCCCUUCUGAUAGGUUUAUGUCGAAAUCUGGCUACACCACUUAUCUCAUAGUAACAGGAUGAUUCACUAUACUCUUAAAGCGACACUGUAUCUGCUUCAUCUCAUUAAACUGGUUAUACAGUUUGAAUUCCCCAUGUGCCAUAAUUUCAUUCAGUGUUUAAUGUUUCCAUACUAAAUGAGAGUCCCCAGCAGCCCAUCCCCUCUGUGCUGCUUUGGCUAAUGAGGAAGUAUUGGCCUUAAUAGCAAUGAGCAGCUGUGAUUGGUUGAGAGUGUCAGCUGACUGCUUUUAUCCUAUCAGAGCUCCAACUGACAGUAUGAAAGGUAUGACUACAAGGAAGUGUGUAGUCUCUUCCUUAGCCACACCUCCAGAAGGGGCCUGACUGUGGGUGGCCAGGAACCUGUAUUUAUUGUUAAAUUGCUGGUUUAAAACUGAAUGUGGGACAGUACCAGAGGACUCCAGGCUCUAUAACCAAUUCAAAGAGAUGAAAUUAUUACUGUGACUACUGUGUUCCUUUAAUUUCCACAAUUUAAACCCAAAUAGCAGACCUGAAGUACAGUUGUGACUGACUGAGUUGAGGAAUUAUUACCAGUUAUUUUUGCCUCAGUUUUGCCCUAUCAAAUUUAAUUUGCAAAAAGUUGAAGUUUAGUAAACAAUCCUAUUAAGGUUAUUAACUAAUGUCUGAAUUUUUGUGAAUUUGUGGAAAUGACUGGCUGUCGGAUUUUCAGCUACUUUCUGAUCUAGACAGGACUCAGAGCACAAGUUGCAAAUCCUGUGGUUUUAUGCCAUAUACAACAAGCUGGUGAAUAUUUUAAAUAUUUCUAUUCUAUUCUCUUAAUAUAUUAAUAUAUAUUAAUAUAUUAAUAUAUUUAUAUCAUUUAUCAAAGGAAAAAUGUGCUUCAACUAGUGCAUACAUUAUUCCUUUAAUGGCAUAUGUGUUUGGCUGGCUGUGUGAAUGGUGUACACAGCGACUGUAUGUGUGGCAGGCUGUGUGAAUGAUGUACACAGUGACUGUAUGUGUGGUUAGCUGUGUGAAUGGUGUAUACUGCCACAGUAUGUGUGGCUGGCUGUGUGAAUGGUGUAUACUGCCACAGUAUGGGUGGUUGGCCGUGUGAAUGGUGUAUACAGUGACUGUAUGUGUGGCUGGCUGUGUGAAUGGUGUAUACAGUCACAGUAUGUGUGGCUGGCUGUGUGAAUGGUGUACACAGUGACUGUAUGUGUGGCUCGCUGUGUGAAUGGUGUAUACAGUGACUGUAUGUGUGGCUGGCUGUGUGAAUGGUGUAAACAGUGACUGUAUGUGUGAAUGGUGUAUACUGUCCAGUAUGUGUGGCUCACUGUGUGAAUGGUGUAUACAGUGGUUGUAUGUGUGGCUGGCUGUGUAAAUAGUGUAUACAGUGGCUGUAUGUGUGGCUGGCUGUGUGAAUGGUGUAUACAGUGACUGUAUGUGUGGCUGGCUGUGUGAAUGGUGUAUACAGUGGCUGUAUGUGUGGCUGGCUGUGUGAAUGGUGUAUACAGUGGCUGUAUGUGUGGCUGGCUGUGUGAAUGGUGUAUACAGUGGCUGGCUGUGUGAAUGGUGUACACAGUGACUGUAUGAGUGGCUGGCUGUGUGAAUGGUGUAUACUGUCACAGUAUGUGUGGCUGGCUGUGUGAAUGGUGUAUACUGUCACAGUAUGUGUGGCUGGCUGUGUGAAUGGUGUACACAGUGACUGUAUGAGUGGCUGGCUGUGUGAAUGGUGUAUACAGUGACUGUACGUGUGGCUGGCUGUGUGAAUGAUGUAUACAGUGACUGUACGUGUGGCUGGCUGUGUGAAUGGUGUAUAUUGUCACCGUGGCUCGCUGUGUGAAUUGUGUCAGUAAAUAUCAUUCACACAGCCGGCCACAUUGUAGUAAUACUUCCCACCCCUUUUUCUACCAUUUGGAAGUGAAACUUCAUGACUUACUUUUAAAAGUCAGGGGUAUGAAGGGCAGGAGGUAUGUGAAGAUGGCGCAGUAUUUUUUUGCAGACUGCAAUAACCACCUAUAGUGCCAUUUAUGUUACAAAUGCUUGGUGUAAGUGCAUCUCUUGAAUGUGGGCAAUGUACUCAAUGUUUUAAAUUUUUCAUUCUGAUGGUAUUUUUAGUAUUCACCCUUACAGUGACAGUCACUGACUAAAUCACACCAUCCCAUUUUACUGAUAUAACUCACAGCAAUCUGUACAUGAAGUUCCUGAUUAACCUAAUGUUUAACUAUAUUAGUUGUAUGAUUCAGGUAUUGCUUUAACGUAAAGUUGGUACUGAAACUGUUAACCAGCAUCAUACUUAUUCACAAAUCCAGUAAUUUGAGGACAAUUUCAGGAAAUUACACGUUUUCAAGCCAUUAUAUUUCAACUGGAAAAUAAAAAUUGUUAGCACGGUUAUCUUUCCAUCUACGCUUAUUUUGACCUAAACUUCUCAGUACUCCAAAAAAAUUCUAAUUUAAUAGAUAACCAUGUGGGACUAAUCACUGAACUGUCAAUUGUGAUGAAAUUAAAAAAAAGAUUGCAGUUUUCAGACAUAAAUAGCCGAACUGUAGUCAAAUUGGAGAUCUUUCCAGUUCCGUAUUUUGCCUGAAUUUAACAAUUUUUUAUUUCCAUUCACUACAUUUCAUUUACUGAAUAAAACCCUUAGACCUGUGUGAUGAUCAUUUCUGUAUAUCAUACCUUGCAACACUUCAAAUGGACAAAGGGGACAGAGGCUUGUCUGUUCUGAGAAAUUUUAAGUGACUUACUAAUAGCAAUUUAUACAACUAUAAUGUGAUUAACUAGAAGAACAAAGUAGAUAUCUAAACACAUUUAUGGAAGUUUAAAUACACAUUAAUCUUCAACACCCAGCAUUUCAAAUUGACAAAGAUGGACACUUCAAAUGUAGGGGUGUGUGUGGGGGUUUGGCCAUGGGAGGGAAUGUUCUGACAAUUUCAGGUACUUUACUAAUAGCAAUUCAUGCAAAGUACUUUAAUACAAGACAAUGUAUCUUAUUUAUACAAACUCAUUUCUAAACACAUUUAUUGUAGCUUAAAGACACAUUACUGGGAGUAUUAUUGCUGUGGAGCUCUGUUAUACACUCAGACACAUUACUGGGAGUAUUAUCGCUGUGGAGCUCUGUUAUACACUCAGACACAUUACUGGGAGUAUUAUUGCUGUGGAGCUCUGUUAUACACUCAGACACAUUACUGGGAGUAUUAUCACUGUGGAGCUCUGUUAUACAGUCAGACACAUUACUGGGAGUAUUAUUGCUGUGGGGCUCUGUUAUACACUCAGACACAUUACUGGGAGUAGUAUUGCUGUGGAGCUCUGUUAUACACUCAAACACAUUACUGGGAGUAUUAUCGCUGUGGAGCUCUGUUAUACACUCAGACACAUUACUGGGAAUAUUAUUGCUGUGGAGCUCUGUUAUACACUCAGACACAUUACUGGGAGUAUUAUUGCUGUGGAGCUCUGUUAUACGCUCAGACACAUUACUGGGAGUAAUAUUGAUGUGGGGCUCUGUUAUACGCUCAGACACAUUACUGGGAGUAUUAUUGCUGUGGAGCUCUGUUAUACGCUCAGACACAUUACUGGGAGUAUUAUGCUGUGGGCUCUGUUAUACGCUCAGACACAUUACUGGGAGUAUUAUUGCUGUGGGCUCUGUUAUACACUCAGACACAUUACUGGGAGUAUUAUUGCUGUGGGGCUCUGUUAUACACUCAAACACAUUACUGGGAGUAAUAUUGAUGUGGGGCUCUGUUAUACGCUCAGACACAUUACUGGGAGUAUUAUCGCUGUGGAGCUCUGUUAUACGCUCAGACACAUUACUGGGAGUAAUAUUGAUGUGGGGCUCUGUUAUACGCUCAGACACAUUACUGGGAGUAUUAUUGAUGUGGAGCUCUGUUAUACGCUCAGACACAUUACUGGGAGUAUUAUUGAUGUCCGGCUCUGUUAUACACUCAGACACAUUACUGGGAGUAUUAUUGAUGUGGGGCUCUGUUAUACACUCAGACACAUUACUGGGAGUAUUAUUGCUGUGGGGCUCUGUUAUACACUCAGACACAUUACUGGGAGUAUUAUUGCUGUGGCUCUGUUAUACACUCAGACACAUUACUGGGAGUAUUAUUGCUGUGGGGCUCUGUUAUACACUCAGACACAUUACUGGGAGUAUUAUUGCUGUGGAGCUCUGUUAUACACUCAGACACAUUACUGGGAGUAUUAUUGCUGUGGAGCUCUGUUAUACACUCAGACACAUUACUGGGAGUAUUAUUGCUGUGUAGCUCUGUUAUACACUCAGACACAUUACUGGGAGUAUUAUUGCUGUGGAGCUCUGUUAUACACUCAGACACAUUACUGGGAGUAUUAUUGCUGCGGAGCUCUGUUAUACACUCAGACACAUUACUGGGAGUAUUAUUGCUGUGGAGCUCUGUUAUACACUCAGACACAUUACUGGGAGUAUUAUUGCUGUGGAGCUCUGUUAUACACUCAGACACAUUACUGGCAGUAUUAUUGAUGUGGAGCUCUGUUAUACACUCAGACACAUUACUGGGAGUAUUAUUGCUGUGGAGCUCUGUUAUACACUCAGACACAUUACUGGGAGUAUUAUUGAUGUGGAGCUCUGUUAUACACUCAGACACAUUACUGGGAGUAUUAUUGCUGUGGAGCUCUGUUAUACACUCAGACACAUUACUGGGAGUAUUAUUACUGUGAAGCUCUGUUAUACACUCAGACACAUUACUGGGAGUAUUAUCGCUGUGGAGCUCUGUUAUACACUCAGACACAUUACUGGGAGUAUUAUUGCUGUGGGGCUCUGUUAUAUGCUCAGACACAUUACUAGGGGUAUUAUUGCUGUGGACUAUGUUAUACACUCAGACACAUUACUGGGAGUAUUAUUGAUGUGGAGCUCUGUUAUACACUCAGACACAUUACUGGGAGUAUUAUUGAUGUGGGGCUCUGUUAUACACUCGGACACAUUACUGGGAGUAUUAUUGCUGUGGGGCUCUGUUAUACACUCAGACACAUUACUGGGAGUAUUAUUGAUGUCCGGCUCUGUUAUACACUCAGACACAUUACUGGGAGUAUUAUUGUUGUGGGGCUCUGUUAUACACUCAGACACAUUACUGGGAGUAUUAUUGAUGUCCGGCUCUAUUAUACACUCAGACACAUUACUGGGAGUAUUAUUGUUGUGGGGCUCUGUUAUACACUCAGACACAUUACUGGGAGUAUUAUUGCUGUGGGGCUCUGUUAUACACUCAGACACAUUACUGGGAGUAUUAUUGAUAUGGAGCUCUGUUAUACACUCAGACACACCAACAAUAUUGGAGAAAAGAGGGACUGUCCCUUGUAAAUAGGGAGACUUGGAGGGCAUGGUAUAAGUAUAGCAGUAUGGAACACAUUAUUGUAAAAAGAAUUUAACCUUUUAGGCCAAAAUAGCUAAACUAAAAACAUUGAUGACUUUCAUUUUGGCAAUUCUUGCCUAAAAUUUUACAUUCAAUUUGUAUUCCUGAAAAUUGACAUUUUAUUGAAUAACCCUGUGUAUAAAUCUUGCAGAUUUUGCACACCAAACAGAACCAAAACCUAACUAAAGUGCAGUAACAUGUUGGUUUCGUACGAUAACAUACGUCAAAAUGUAUAUUUGAUUUAUUUAUAAAAUGUCAGUAUGUUCAGCACAGAUCAACAUUUACAGUUUUAAGUAUGCAAACAAAGUUCAUCUGUUCGAAAUGCUCCGUCAUAGGAAGUGACUCUAAUUCCAACGGAAAAAAACUAUCUCAUAAAAAGAGCUAUAUUCAUUUUAAGACGAGUCCGUCUGGAGUGGUUAAUAGGAGUAGCUCCUGGCGUCAUGUAUAACCAAUAUAGACUAAUAAACUGAAACCACGUUUUGCACUAAGUAUGUAGCAAUAUUUAAAAGGUCGGAAAUUUUGGCUGAAAACAUCUACUCAGUGAGGGAGAUUUAUAAAAUGAAUGUGGUCAGAAAAGUGACGCUCGAACUGGCUGACACUACAACUACCGCAUCUCUAAUUAGCUGUUCCACUGACGUUCCCUGUGGUCAAUGUCCUGGGCGCCCUAUACCUCCCCUUUCUCUUACUCUCUUUCUACUCUCUCACUUUACCUUUCCACCCUCUUCUACUGUAUUUACUUAACCCAUUUUCAAUAUUACUCCAUCACUUUCUGCAAUGGGCACAGAGACAGUGAUCUUAAGAUCUCAUGGGUCACUAGAACGUCGCUAUGCCACAUUGAAAGUAACUGUUCCAAUUUGUUUUCUCUAAACCUGGGUAUAUGACUAAGAUUCGCUGAAUUAUAAAAAAUAAAAAAAAAGGGAUGCUUACAGAAACCUUAUGGGUGUUUUGUAUAUCUUGCAAAGACCCCCAAUGUUGCCCAGAGGGUAAAGGGUAAGGAUGUUUUAAAGGGACACUAUAAUCACCAAAAAAAUAACAGUUUUGGUGUAUAGAUCAUGCCCCUGCAGUCUCACUGCUCAAUUCACUGCUAUUUAGGCGUUAAAUCACUUUUUUUCUCUGUUUAUGUAGCCCUAACUACACCUCUCUGCCUGUAUGAGCCAGCCAGCAUGAAAACAGCCAGCAGCCAGCAUGAAAACAAAAUUAUUUGAUUUUCAAUUAGAUGUAACUUACUUUAAAAGUUUUUACCUCCUGCUCUGUAAAUUGAACUUUAAUUAUAUACAGGAGGAACCUGCGGGGUCUAGCAAGCUAUUAACAAAGCAGGAGAUAAAAAAAAAAAUCUAAAUUAAACAGAAUGUGCAAUGAAGGAAGUGUAAACAUUUGAUGACUCUUUACAGGAAGUGAUUAGGAAGGCUGUGUAAGUCACAGGCAGGGAUGAGGGGCUAGGGCUGCAUAAGCAAAGUUAUUUAACUCCUAAAUGGCAGAGAAUUGAGCAGUGAAACUGCAGGGAUGAUGAUCAAUACAACAAUACUCCUUUUUAAGGAUAAGUCGUUUUGGUGACUAUAGUGUCCCUUUAAGUGCAAAAGUAGAAAAAUCUCAGGUGGAAUGUUAGUGCUGAUUCUGUUGGUUUCCAUGGUUACUGUCAUACUUUUAGAACUUUGCUCCACUUUUCUGGUUAUUGCACUUUUAUAAAUAUUUUGAUAUACAUUGGGUUUACAUUCUAUCCCUGGAAUACAAGUAAUCUACUGACCCAUUUUCUUCUAAUUUCUUAUUAUGUUUUUUAUGACUUGCGUAGCAGGAGAUCUUUAUAUCUUGUGGGUUUAAAUGGAAGCUUGCCUGAUUUACAAUCAGGAGUGUUACAAAGUGAUCGGAAAUUGAUUAUUUACCUGAUCUUUACCCCAAGUCUGAAACUGGUUCAUUCAGCCACCCAAUAGAUUGGAGCGUGCACUAAUUCAACACCCAUUAACUCACAAAACACAGAAUUGCAGUGAAAAAUAACAAAUCUAUAACUAAUGUCCCAAUUAUUGGAGGCGGCCGACUCAGGCAGCAUGGAGGUGGCGAGGAAGCAGUAAUCUUUCUGUGGUUCUUGCUCUGCUUCCUCGCUUGCUGUUUACAGACUAUGACAGCCGGAAUAUGAAGUGUUGUUACUCCUGUAUCUGUCUCCUCCCAAGUCAACGGUGCUACCAUCAGCUCCACCACGCAGGCUCGCUGCCUAGGUGUUCUCUUUGACUCCGACCUCUCCUUCAAGCCUCAUGUUCAAUCUAUCGCCAAAACCUGUCAUUUUCAUCUAAAAAACAUUGCGCGCAUCCGCCCCUACUUAACGCCAGAUGUGACUAAGGUGUUGGUCCAUACCACUGUCCUUUCUCACCAUGACUACUGUAAUCCGCUUCUCAGUGGUCUUACGUGCUCCCAACUAGCGCCGUUACAGUCCAUAAUGAAUGCGGCGGCGAGGCUCAUCUUCCUGUCCGCCCGCACCUCCCAUGCCUCACCCUUCUGUCAGUCCUUACAUCUAUCUUCUGUCCGUACUCCCACCUCUGAUGCUCACCUUCAAGAUUUCUCGAGGGCUGCACCGUUCCUGUGGAACUCGCUUCCCUCCUCCGUUAGAUGCUCACCCAGUCUCCACUCCUUCAAAAAAAUCGUUAAAAACCCACUUCUUCAUACAAGCAUAUCAAUUAAACUGUUAAUAGCUCCUAACUGAUUCCUCUUCUGCAACUGUCAUUAGUCUAAUACUAUCCUUACCUUUUGUGUCAUUUUUAUUCACCUUUUUCCAUGCCAUGCCAGUUACGCCAUGCCUGCUCCAGCCUCCAUGGCUGUGAUCAUCAAUCUUAAUCUCAGGUAAGCCAAUGCUUUCCUAUAGGGAAGCAUUGGGAGGAUGUUACACAUGCACGGCAAAACAACUCAUAGAGAUGCAUUGAACCAAACUGUGCAGCAUGGCCCAGGACUUUCUAGUGGCCGUCAUUAGAGGUGUUACUAGGCAGCAAUGUAAACACUGCCUUUACUCUGCAAAGGCAGUAUUUACAUUGAAAAGCCUGUAGGGGGAGGCUAUAGACACCAGAACCACUACGUUAAGCUUUAAGAAUUGUAUUUUUAAGAAUUUAAGAAUUGUAUUUUCCUAAUUGAAAAUUUUAUUUUUUUGUGUCAAUCUCUUUUUUUAUUGAGGCAAUGAUAAAGAAUAGUAUGUACAUACAUGAGUUAAAGGGAAGCUGUAUUCCUGGCACUACUGAUCCCUCUGCCUCCAUCACAACCCCCAUCCCCGGCAAAUAAAUGUUUAAAAACCCUUUAUUUACUUACCUUAUCCCAGCGCCGAUGUCCCUCGGUGCUGGGUUGAAGCUCCGCCCCUCCUCCGUCCCGCGAUGACGCUGGAGGUCCUCAUGCAGCUUAGCACAAUAUCUAAGCAAUUGCAAAAUGCUAAUUAUUCUCUUAAGGUAACGUGAUUCUUAACCAGACAAAGGCAGAACGUAAUAAAGGAAUAUUUAUUAUGAGCAAAAAAAGUCACAGUGCAUGCAAAAAAAUAGAUUAAAAAAACUAAUUAUCAACAACAGAUAAAAACAAAAGGGAUAAAAUAACAGAAGUCCUAAACAUUUGUUCACUUCUGAGGAAGCCCAGCCGGGUGAAACGCAUUAAAUGUUGGUACUAUAAGUAUUUACUCCCUAUUUGCUUUUUUUAUAUAUAUAUAUAUACCCUAACAAUAAAGUAUUUAUAAUUUUAAAAUAUUUCCAUUUUUAUUAUUUUAUAUAUAUAUACAUAUUUUAUUCAUCAUAUUCCUGUCAUCAUGUAUCCUGCAAAUCCUAGGUGGGGAUAAUACCACCAACGCUCUUCAAACCAGAGCAGGCCAUUGCUCUGGAUACUGUAAGUAGGAUACCACCUUUUUACUUUGAAUUUGUGUAUGUACAUACUACACCAUAAGACUUCUCUCUAUUGUGUCUCCCUACAUAUAUUGGACGACAAGAAUCACAAAGCUACAUAUAUCCAUAGACAGGGAUUGUACCGUCCAGGCGAUUAACAACGGAGCUCUUAGUAGCUCAACCAAGUGUGAGUGAGCACUCUAUACACUUUAUUUAAAUAGUGUAAAAUACUAUUACAUAUUGCACUAUUUUUUGUUUGUUUCUGCUUCUCUUUAAGCUUAUAGAAGCCACCUACUUCCAACAAAUUGCAAUUGAUGAAAAUAUAUCUUUCUAUUUAGACACAUUACAUUUUGUAUAUAUGCACCUUAUUGGGGCGCAGUUUAUCACUCUGUUUGCCAAUAUUCAAAGUAAAACUUCUGCCCAGUGGGUCUCCGGCAAGGAAGAUGGUGUCAUGCGGUAUCUCUUCCGGGUUCGGCAUUCCCGCUAUGCGGAGCCGGCCCUGCCCCCUUCUGACGCGGCUCUCUGACACUACUUAGAGAGACCGCGCCAGAGAGAAAGGGCUUGGUGAUUGUGGGACCUACUUCCGGGUAUAGACGGGGGCUCCACAAGCUUCUCGCACAAGCCUUCCUAAACCUUUGAAGAUAAAAGGAUUAUGCUUCAUCCGCUAGAGGAUUACUGGAGAACGGACACUUUACCAUUUAUCAAGUGGACUCUAAUACUGAUCUCUUGGAGGACAACUCACAUUAAUCUUAAGUAUAACUUCCAAUUCAUUAUCUGGAAUCUCAGUUAUUAAUGAACUGUUUCUUACUUCAAAAUCCUCUCUGCUGCAUACAUACUAAUUAUAUUGAGGAUAACUCCCAUCAAGCUUAACCACUGUUUCUUGCUUUGCAAAUAUUCUCUGCUACCUGCAUACUAUUUCUAUUGAAGAUUAUUUCUAUCAACCUAAAGAAUAUUAUUCAAUACAUCUCUGAGGAAAUACUUAUUAAUGAACUUUGUAUUGUUUGCUAUAACCAGCAAUUUCUUCUUAUUGAAUUAUUACCUAUAUGCUAUUUACUUAAGUUUAUCACAAUCAUUAAAACUUCGUUUGAUUCUCUAAUUGCCAGCAAUCCUCUCUUUUCUUAAAGCUACAGUAUUGAUAAUUUAAAGAUUCCCCGUUUCUUCACUAUUGUAAUUAAGAAGUUCUACAAGCUGCAGUUGAGUUCCAAUUCUAAAAACCCUAGUAGCAUAACAGAUGGUGACUUGUUAACAAUUAGAUUUUGGCCCCAAGCAAGUACACAGACAUUUCAGUGUCAUUGGAUAUAUACCCUGUAGAUUACCACACCUGGUCUAGAGGUGGAAUUAAGGCAUAUCGAUAGAGAUAAUGAGUGACCACCCCCUUGUGUUCCAGACCAACAUUAAUCCAAAUUGAAACAUUUGGCUCUAUCUUCUGUUAUGUACCUGCCACAGAAAUAAUAAUUGCAUCUACGAAUUUAUUAUCUUCCCAUUCUAUACAUAUGGUGGACAUCACAAUUCCUUCCUGUGACUAGACCAAUCUCACCACUGUGCAUUGGAGGAGCCUGGUUGCCCACCUGCUGCCUUUAGACUAUGGCCCCAUGUUGAAACGCUUGAUUUUCCCCUGCAAAGACACGAAAGCCGGGUCAUUCGGUACUUGCCCUAUUUGAACAGUGAUACCCCAGAUAGCUAUGCCAUGGAGCCCAUUCGUAUAACGAAAGAUUAUGUGAAAGACUUGGCUCCAUGGCAAUUGAGCUGUAUGUAUGUGAUAUGAGCGCCUUUCGGUAAUAAUGUGUGCUCAGAUCUAAGCUAUCUGGGGAUAUGUUGAAUGUACCUAUUUUAUGCAAUAGCUGCACAGUUAUAUAUUUUUAUGUAUUUUAUUGUCUUUUGCUACCAUGUGUUCAAUUGAGUUUUGCCUCUGUCCUUGGAGAUAAUUGGAUUACUUCCCAAUUAUCUCCAGGAUAGAAGACUCUGUGGAACUGGUUUUGGGCAGAAAAGCCAUGCUUCAUUUGGUCACAAAGGCAUUCGAUCUAACUUUUGACCCACUGGACCAAUUUGUAUGAUUUUGACAUAUGCUUGUAUUUGGAGAAUGCUGAUUCUAGUUUUAUGUGAAUGUGAUGUAUACUUUUAAAGUUAUGAAUAAUGUGGAAAAACUGUAUUUCUCUGCCUGUGAUAAUUACAUUAACCCAUUGUGUAAGGUAAUUGUAGCACAGGCAGAGGGGAGGAUUUUGUGUUGGAGUGUCUGAGUGUAUUGUACGUGUUUAUUGGUUGUUUUACAAAACCCUGUGGGUGGUACUAAUGUGUAUGUAAUGUGUAUAUAAGAACAAUAAACACAGAGCUCUGCCUUUUCUACUUCAACCUCAAUUUGGAGUGCCGUGUUUUAUUGGGGGAAUCUGCUACAAGGGAUUGCUAUGCUCUGCAUACUCUCUUGCUAUAUUCAUUGCUAAGCUCUUGUAAGAGCUUGUUCCUGUUUUGCUCUCUGAAGGAGUCUACGGUUGUUAUGGUGUCUGCUGCUUGGAGUCCUCAGGAAGCACUAGGAGCAUCCUUUAACUGAGGUACCCAGUCGGGGUGCCCGUCGAUCCGUUACAUUGGUGGCAAGCGGCGGUAUCGUUCCCACAGCCAGAAGGACAGCUACAGGAGACACCAUUCCGUGGAUUUACAAGUUGGGGGCAACGCAUGGGCCAGGACAGCGCCACUAAAAGCAACAGAAUGGAACCAGCUGUGUUAUACGAGGAGGAGGACCUGGAUGGUCGGGAUUCAUUAUGAAAAGGCAUCUGGUACCAGGCCCUGGAUAAUGUACAAUACCAGAGUCUCCCCAGUGAAGAGCAGAGGUUGCAGAAGCAAGUGGCCCUGCAGAUGCCUUUCCUGCGAGAGCAGCUCCUGGAGGAAUGGGUGAAGGAACUAGAGCACCGGGUAUGGCAGGAGCUAUGGCUGGAUGAUGCCUACCAGGCACUCUGGUGGUAUAUGGCACAGUAUAUACCCUGGACAGCCGAGCAUGACAAGCCAGAGGGAGAGGAGUUUGAUGGUCCAGGCUUGUUAUGGGAGUCCUUUGCAGUGCCCUGCACAGACCAGACUUCAGGACAUUUUCUACGAGAGGGAGGCUAGGCAUGACUGGGAUGACCCCCAUGAGGUAGAGCAAGACCUGGCUCACCUAGCAACCCUGGAGUGGGAACUGGAGCAGGACUACCGAGAUCUCUUCCACUCCAAUGGGAAGGCUUAGCAGGACAGCAUGGCAACAGACCCAGAUCCAGACCCAUUCAGCUGGGAAGAUAUUGUGUGAUUUACUGGGAACGACCCCAGGUGGCCGAUGGAGAUGGGACCGAGGUCUCUCCACCGGCCCUGCAGGGAAUUGGGAGCCCGGUCUCCAUUCCCCAGAGGCAGGCUGAGUUACAGGGGGCAGAGACAGUUGGUCCUGUCCCCCAGUGGCAGAGUGAAUUGCAGGGAAUUGGCAGCCCAGUCUCCAUUCUCCAGCGGCAGGCUGAGUUACAGGGGGCAGAGACAGUUGGUCCUGCCCCCCAGCGGCAGAAUGAUUUAUUAGGAAUUGGGAGCCUAGUCUCCAUUCCCCAGCGGCAGAGCAAUGUACAGGGAAUUGGGAGCCCAGUCUCCAUUCCCCAGCAGCAGAGCAAUGUACAGGGAAUUGGGAGCCCAGUCUCCAUUCCCCAGCGGCAGAGCAAUGUACAGGGAAUUGGGAGCCCAGUCUCCAUUCCCCAGCGGUAACGUCAAAUGAAGAGGCGCUUUGCAACAAACAGGACACCAACACAAAAAUAUAAAAAUGAGUGAUGGUCACUGCUACAGCGUCAGAGUGACGCAAUCGAGACCUAGUUGGACCGUGUCACUGUCAAUAGAACUUAAUGGAUUGAUUCGUUGUGUCAGUAUGGAAGUAAGGAGCAAGUAAUUGGAGAAAAUGAGAAUACCCUAAAAUAGAAUGUGGACAUUUCUAAAAGCUGAAGAAAAGGCUGAUCACUAUUGUGGUUUGUAUACGGUAUAUUCUCCGUUGCAAUACUCUUAUCACCAAACACAAAGGAAGUAUGUUUUUUACAACUUCUGACCAGUUGUAGAUAAAGAUUACCACAGCCAUAACUUCUGGAUCUAUUCUCCCACUUCAUCUGUAAAAUGUGGUCAAAAAUGUGAGUGAGACAAAAAGAGGUUUUCAAAGAAGAAACUCCUUGAUUAACAUAAUUUGCAGUGAUCUACUGGUUAUCGAAUUAAAAUCUACAGAUACGUUGCCUAAUCCAGGAACAUAUGUUUUUGAGCAUAUACCUUGAUCUACAUGGACAUGCCAAAUAUUGGUCAACAUUGGAAGAUCUAUGGCUGAUGCUUCAAAAAAGUAACAAUUCACUUUGCUCGUUGUCCGUGCCAGCACAUCCACCAGGAACUUUAAGAAAUUGAUAUGGACAAUUGAGUUUUCUUUUAAGCAUUACCUAAGACUUGGAACAUAUUCAGAAAAAAUAUCUAUUCUUGUAUCUCAAUACUGGGACUAAUACCUGAAUAAUGUUUUUAGAGUGAGUCUGACAGGCUCCGCAAUGUAAUGGCCAUGGAAAUGUAUCUUGAUGCUAGAAAUAGUCUCACUAUCUGCACUGAAUUGCGUAAUGUUAUUCUUCAUUGUUUUAACUGUUCUGAAUUCUGUCCAAAUAUUUUCCAGAUUGCUUUCUGGCAAACACAGAGCUAUUUUGGAUUAAUUCACUGGAGAUCCUAGAAAUUCUGUUUCAUGUAAAUCUCAGAACAGAUUUAUUCCAAUUUAUGUAGGAAUCAUGGCUAAAUUAUAUUGGUACUUGUGUUGUAUGAGCACGUCUUUGUGUUUCUAUAUAAAGUUUCCUCAAAACGAAUGUAUUUUUCCUCGUUACUUUUCAGUUCCUGGAUAAAUACAAAACCCUACGGACUAUAUAUCCUUGUUUCUCUUUUCUGCAAAUCUAUGGGUGGUUUAAACUCUUGAGUUUUUUGUUCAUUCAAAAAUGAAAGAAUUAGAAAAAUAGCAAUUUAUUUGACCACCAUUUAGACAUUCCUUUUUACUCCAAUUUCCAAUAAAACUGAAGCAAAGCCGGGUAUUUCAGACCCAUUGGUACUUAAAUGUAUUUUUGCAAUCCAUUAUGGUGGGACUAGAAAAUCUUGACACUACAGUUGGACCAAUGGUAAAUCCCCUGAUGUUAUACAGCUUUCAUGAUACUUUGCUGGCUAAAGGAUGGUAGUUGUAAACAUCUAGGGAUCUACAUUUUGCCCAGCCCUGCUCUAUUUUUUUUCAAUUUGAAAUGUUUUUAUUGAGUCAAUGAAGAGGCAGUUGGGUACAGAAAGAAAGAGGGUACUCAUAUUCAAACGGUGGGUAUACUAUAUAUCAUUUAGGUACACAUCAUUACAUCUCUUGGCAAUUCAUACAUACAUGAAUUGUGUCCAAUGCUUCAAACUUUUGAGGUUGACUAGAUAUCGUCUUGAGUAGAUUUGCCGGAUGUUAGACGACAUGUCAUUGAAUAAGGUACAUACCCCGGGUUAGAACUAAUUGUCAGCCCUAACGACUCAUCUAUGCCCGUACUGUGCCUUGCCUAGGAGGUUCUUUCUCAUCAGGUUGCCACGUGAAGGCAAAUAGAUGGUAAGCUAAAUGGGCUCCUGGUGGUGGUUAAAGGAAUAAGACGGCUUUUGUCAUUGCUAGAUGUCUAGACUACUAGGUAGUCCGAUAUUGCUUUUCUUUUUUAUUAAUGCUUCUGUGCCUAUUGUUAGUGUGCUAGUAGUUCUAAGUUAUCCUUACUAGUCCUGUGAGACUGCCAAGCUUCUAUGACUCUAUUUUGUUUUAAAAAAGGAAACGGUAAAGGGGGAGUUGAGGAGGAGGGAAACAAAAAGAAAAGGUGGGAGGAAGUAAACUACUUACAAUGUGGGUUUAUAUCACCUGUCUCUCGUUAGGAUGGAAUUAUCACUUAGGGCAAAGCCCCCGUGUUUGGUAGCCUCUUGUGCCUCCUGUGAUUGCCAUUGCCGAUAUUGUAGAUCUGCUAUCCAUGAAAUAUGAGUUGAGAAAGUCGAGCCCAGCCCAGAUAUCAGUCUUCGUUAUCCUCUCACUGCGCCAACUCUCUUACCCCUCUGCCUCUAGUGGUGAAGCUGCUCUUCUAGUAAAUUUGGAGGUCAUCAUUGUUUGUAUGGGCUGCAAUGUAUGUAUGCCUUAUAGCGCCAGCUCCCUGUACAUGUUUUUUUGGAAUGACAUGCUUAUGGGCCAUGAAUUCAUAGUCCAGAUUUAAGGAGAUCUGAGCUAAAAGGGCAGAACAUGUCAGCACUUCUGUAGUUUUCCAUGCUCUGGCUAUCUGUAAGUUUGCUGCAAUAAGAAUGUGGAAAAGUAAAGUAGAGGAGAGGCGUAGAAAAUUGUCCAGUGAUAAAAAAUAGUAAACACAAGUCAGGGGUAAGCGCGAUGUCUGUCCCCAAAGUGUCUCCCACUAUGCGCCAAUAUCCCUCAAACUUGGAACAUGUCCACCAAAUGUGGUGCAUCGUCCCUGUACCAUGUAAGCAUGUUCAAUAUACGUUAGAUGUGUUUGGGUAUAUGCACUGUAAUCUUUCCUGUACCAUACCAUCUAACCUGAAUUUUUCUCAUCAGUUCUAGGUGUAAGCGUUUUAUUUUUCCAAGUAUUAAACAUCCACUGGCUAGUCAGCUGAGAAUACAUUUUUAAUUACAUGACUUCUCCUUUAAGCUUCCAGAGCAGAAUUUGCUUUCCUCAAAAGGCAUAUUGUCCACGUUGCCCUGUCUCUUAAGAUCCUGAUGUUGGUUUCUAGCCAGCUAAUAUAAACAAAAAGAAUUACGUCUUGGUAUUUUUCUAGUGAUCUACCAAAACUUGACUUGCUUCGGUAUCAAACCUCUAUCGGCCCUGAAAUUCUGGGCAAUUCUUCCACCAAUAAAUUCCUCACAUUCCUAGUUACAUUAUAAAGUAUUUAGCCGUGUGUUGUGAGUGUCUAGUCAAAUGACCAAGGAUGUGUGAUUCCCUCCGGAUCAAACAGGGGCUCUUCUUUCUGAUCCAAUAUAUUUUCUGUCAAUAAUUACAUUACAUUUCACUAUUUUCUGACUUUUUUCCUUUUUCAUAACAUAAAUCUAACAUCAUUAUUGUUAAAUUUCCCUCAAUCUGAAGAACAAUAAGAAUUUAGUCUUUUCUAUAUUGACUUUUAAACAAAAAAAAAUAUUUCAGCACAGCCAGAGAAUAUUUGGCAGGAACAAUUCUGCACACCUGUCAAUACUCUACUGUUUUGAUAGUAAAUUAUGUUUGGGUUUGUUCAUCAGUGUUUCCUAUUUCCCUAAUUUUACUGAUCACCCAUGGCUAGAUUUCUAGGAAGUCUUCCUAAAUUUAAUAUUGCCCUAGACACCUCUGGCAGUGCCAACCCAACCCUUCUUGGAAUAAGAUAUUUUAGUCCACAUUUGUAUAUUUAGUUCAUGUGGUGACGUCAAAGACUUUCUCUGUUUUUGAUUUAUAAUUCAUAGUACAGAACAUUAACAUAAGAACUUUAAUAGAACAAUCUACUUAUGCCGAAUCUGCUUCUCUAGAUAAAGUUCAGUACACUACAUGCACGUUUUCCAUUGACCUGGAAGAUAGAUUUUUCAGAUGCACUUUUUAUUGACCUUUUAUGAUAAUUCAUUUGCUCUUAACAAAUUGUAUUCAUGUUAUAUAUUUGGGUGAAGGAGAAGCCAACAUUAAAUGUUUUAAUAAAUUCAUUACUUUAAAAUAUUAUAAUCUGGGAUGAAACCUAUUGACUUGUAUCUACGUACACCAGAGACGAGGUCGCAAUAAGUCACCACCAGUGUUUGGUCUAUACGAGAGUGUUUCGACAGCAAUUUAUGCAUGGGCUACAAAGAGUUGCUGCCAAGCAGAUCGUCCCAUUACUGCAUAGACCAGCCCCUGUUUUUGGGAGAGCUGCCCCCCUUUGUCACUUUUGACAGGCACAGGGUCACUGGUACACACCUUAAAGCAUACUCCCUUCUCUGACUUCAUACCUCCCCAUGUGAGGUAUGCCAUUAUAAAUAAAAAACAGAAACACAACGAAAUGUACUAAGUAGAGCAGUGCAUUUAUAGUGAGUUCGGUAUUUUAGAGGAGUUAAUGUAAGCACUCGAGUAUAAACAACUUACUCAAUGCAAAGACCCCAUUUACCUGUACAUAGUGGCUUAUAAGUUCAACAAUAUGCGAAAUUCACUUAAUCUAUAAGACUGUCCCUCUGACGUCAAGGGAGCUAGUUUCAGUGUCGGAACAAAUGUACUGAGGGCCUUGAUGCAAGAAAUCAGCCAUCGUCAUCUAGCGCAAGUAUGGCCAAAGGUUAGUUCAGCAUCAUACAACUCCCACAAUGCUGUGCCAGCUGGGCAUCUUCCAUUUGAUUGUACUCAUGUUUUUGUAUGGAGUAUGUGUGUGCAUGUAUGGUUGUAUAUGUAUGUAAUUUUGCUAAAUUAAUGCAGUGGUGUACUUCUAUGUAAUGUUUCCAAUUAAAGGACCACUAUAGGCACCCAGACCACUUCAGCUUAAUGAAGUGGUCUGGGUGCCAGGUCCUUCUAGGGUUAACCCUUUUUUCAGAGAAACUGCUAUGUUUAUGUUAGGGUUAAUCCAGCCUCUAGUGGCUGUCUCAUUGACAGCCGCUAGAGGGCUUCCGCGUUUCUCACUGUGAAAAUCACAGUGAGAAGACGCCAGCGUCCAUAGGAAAGCAAACAAGUAUGUUUUCCUGGCACUAUAGUGGUCCUUUAAAUUAAAUGGGUGUAUUUGUAAUGUUUGCAUUUAAAUGCAAUUGUGUUUGUAUGAAGUGUUGGCUUUUAAAUGUGGGUGUAUGUGUGUAGUAUUGGUGUGAAGAAGUGUGUUUGUAUUUAAUUUUGGCAUUUGCAGAGGUGUGUUUGCAAGUAGCGUUGGCGUCUGACUCCUGGGAUGUGUGCACGUAGACGAACACCGCCACAUAUAUAAUUACACGGAUACACACACACUGAUGCAUACAUAUACUCAGGCACACAUAUAAUAAACACACUGACACACAUAGAUACACACACACACUGACACACAGAAAUACACUCAAACAUGUUUUAUUUGUAUUUAUAUUUUUAACUUCUCUCCUGUUAACAGCUUUUCUUGAUAGAGGUCAUGCUGCUGGCUGAGACUGUUAGGAGUAUGGAGCUGAAGCAGCUCUCUCUCCCCCUUUCUGCCUGUGCCACCGCCUCCUUCACUCUUCUCCUCCCCACAUGGGCUCUCCUUUUAGCUGGGAGGAAGUGACCUGCUCUCACUUCCUAUCACAUCUGCUGAGAUUACAGGGGCCCAGUUGCUCUUUUAAAGGACCACAGUGCCCUACUGGACUCUUGUGUACCAAUACCCAUUGGCCACCCGAUAGGCCCCCAGCGUGCAGGCCCUGGUGCAGCCGAUAGCUAUUUUAACUCUAGAGCUCAAACUGUGGCCACGUGCAUGUUCAGAUGGCAACUUAGGCAAACACUGUUAAACAGAAACUGUUGGCACCAUAAAUGUUUCAUCUCAUUAAAGUGGUUAUAGUGUCUGGAGUUCCCUGUUGCUGUUUUUCCAGUCAGUGUUAAGCUGGUUUUAACAUUUUAAUACUAAACAAGUGCCACCAGCAAACUAUCUCCUCUCUACUGGUUCGGCUAAUAAGGAAGCAUUAGCCUGAACAGCAAUGGGACACUGUGUUUGAGUGUGUCAGCUGACUGCUUUCAAUCGGGCAGUGCCAUAGUGUGUGUAUGGCUAAAAGGAAGUGUUUUAUCUAUCUUAGCCAUACCUCCAGUAUGGGCAGGGCUGUGGUGGCUGAAACAGGUAAUAACAUCCAUAACAGUGACCAGCGACCCUCAUUCAGUGUGAAACUACUUAAAAAGUGGUUUAACACUAUCUGCAGGUUCAAUGCCAGGGUACUGCAGAUACUAUAACCAAUUCAAUGAGAUAAAUGGUUAAAGUUGCCUAUAGCAUCCCUUUAAUUGUGAACAGGGCUGUGAAUAACAUGAUCUGCAGACCUAAUGUGGCAGCUAUCAACAUUUUUGAGUAUUUCCAUUCAGUCAGUGGAUCUGUGAAUACAGGCUACGUAUCCUUCAAUCUCUUGCUGGAGAAAGCUUUAUGCAACAGAGAAUAGAAUAGGUCAGAUUGGGAGGUGUACUUGUCAUCUAAGAUUACUUGCUGUGCAAGUGCAGCAACUUCAAACACCAAAAUCAUGCUUUUUGUUGUUGUUGAAGGUUUGUCAUAAAAAAGUCCAUAGAUUUCAAUCUUUAAAACAUAUCUUUUUAUGCUGUUGAUCCAAAAGACAAAAAAAAAAAAUAUUUGUAACGAUGGCCAUUUAUAACACAAAAAAAGAAAAAAGCCUUUUUGACUUAAUUCCUUGUAUUUAAUUUUUUUCCACACUUUGAUGCAAUGGUGUGGUAAUUUGAAAACUGAUCACAUUGCGCCAUCUCUUGGGUCCCGGAGUCACUGCAAUUCAGAUGAGGACAUCUGAAUAAAAUUAAUGGCUUAUUGUAUGUCUGUAGAAACAACUGUAACACAAACCACAUUUUGUGAAAAUCAACUAAUAAUGUGAGCCUUUAAGCUCUGUGAAACAUAGUGAUCACAUUUCUUGCACUUUUAGUGAUUGAUCUACUGACGGUGAGUGAGUCCAGACACAUGUCCAGCAUGGUGGAGAAGAUACGGUCUGAGAUGCUAACGGUCAAUGACAUAUACUUCUUGUCAACUCUUCGACUGCCAGCCAAGGCAGGAGGUGUCUUAUUUGGCUUCUACUCAAAAAAAGACAACACCAAAUGGCUGGAGGCCUCAAUUGUGGGGAAAAUCAACAAAGGUUAGUGGUCUCUGGAGAUGGGACGGGAAUUGGUUACAGCAGAGUAAGAGGGUGGUGAAAUGUCAAAAUUAAUGUGCACUUUUUAAUUUUGGGAGGUAAUAAAUCAACAUGUAUAUUCUGUUCUCUAUCUCACUAGUCUUGGUACGUUACAUGCGUGAAGAUUCCAAAGUCCACUCAGUCAGUUUACAGAAUGCCAAUCUGUCUGAUGGAAACACUCACACCAUGAUCCUGCGUAUCAGUGGCCUCCGUGGGGACACUAUCACAUUGGAGCUAUAUGUGGACUGCAAGCAAGUGGACACCAGCUUAGGUCUACCUGAGAUGAUGAUCAUCCCCCAGUUUGAGGUGGAAUCAGGAGAGAUACGCUCUGGACACAAAGCAUACCUGAGGAUGCAGGUAAAGAGCUAGGUAGAAGGAGAAGGCAUAGAGCUGUUCACGUUUGUUGGUAUAGAGUCCAGGGUGUGAGAUGAGGCACAGAACGUAGUGAGGGUGUAAUUAUAGACAGCUCAGUGUGAGGUGAGGCACAGGACUUUGUGUAGGAUGCAGGUAUAGAUACAUGGGUGUGAGGCGAGGCACAGGACUUUGUUAGGAUGUACUCAAAGAAGAAAACACAAACAGCACUCUGAGAUACAGCUGGUGUAAGUUUAAUCAAAGUUUAAUCUAAGUUUUGGUGUAAUGUUUGAGUCUACGGCGAGCUGAUUCGCGGUGUCAGUUUACAUGGAACACCUGGGUAGAUUUCUGGCUUUUGGUGCAGAACUUGUUUGCAGAGAUCUUUGUUUUGUUAGGGUGUAGGUACAGAGAGCUGGGUUUGAGGUGAAGCACAGGAAUUUGUAAGGAUGUAGGUACAGAGGCCAGGAUGUGAGGUGAGGCAUUGAACUGUGUAGAUGUGAGAAGAGAGCAUGACGGAAAAUAGAGGGUCAGCACUGUGUGAGUAUGAUAUAUAAAGAUGGGUGUCAAGACAGGGCACUGGGUAUAUGAGAACACAGGUAAAAAGUGACACCGACAUUGUUCAAACACAAUCAUUUACCCUGUUCCUUUAGGGAUCUGUAGAGUCCAUGAAGUUGAUACUUGGUGGGUCUAUGAGUCGUGUGGGAGCCUUGAGUGAGUGCCCUUUCCAGGAAGAUGAAUCCAUUCACAAUACAGGUAUGCACUGUAUACUAAAUGCACAGCCUUAGAAACUUCUGGGAAAGGUACGCAGACUAGGGACAUGGGGAUGGGCUUACUGCAGCGCAGAUUAGGGACAUGGCGAUGGGUUUACUGCACUUGCAGAUUAAAGACAUGGGGAUGGGCUUACCGCACUAGCUGAUUAAGGAUAUGGAGAUAGGCUUACGACACUUGCAGAUUAGAGACAUGGGGUUGGGUUUACAGCACUCGCAGAUUAGGGACAUGGCGAUGGGCUUGCUGCACUUGCAGAUUAGGGACAUGGAGAUAGGCUUAUGACACUUGCAGAUUAGAGACAUGGGGAUGGGUUUACAGCACAUGAAGACUAGGGAUAUGGGGGCGGGGGGCCUUACUGCACAAGCAGACUAGGGAGAUGAGGAUGGGGUCCUGAAUAUAUGGCUUAGCAACAGUAUAAAAUAUUAACAAUAUUUCAUUUCUUUCCCAUUCUAGUGAAUGGAGUGGUCAACUCAAUUCUUGGUAAGUACAUAUUAUUACAAGUGCAUCACACAGCCCUCCUGGUCUGGUUUAGACUGGCAUUGCAGGAUGUCACCGGGCCUGGCCAGACCACCAGUCUAAUCCCAUUCACCAUGUGUGCAAUACCACAUCACAGGCACGUUACUAUCAGCUGGCAACAACUUUCAAUGACCUUACAAGACAGCUCCAAAUCCAUACAAUUACCUUGUAUAUCUUGCUCAGAUCUGGUCCUAAUUCUUAGCAGUGAUAUGAUUUUCAUUACCGUAGGAUUAAAAAGUCAGAAUAUCCUGUAAGAGUACUUGCCACAUCUGAAUUAGUUUGUUAUGAUAGCACUGUCUAACCUUUUUUUGUUUGUUUUUAAGAUCAGGGUCUUUUUUUUUUUUUUUUAAUAUAAAUCAAGUUUAAAAAAAAAUGCUUUGAGAAGCAAUAGCAGUGUUCAGCAUCAUUGCCUGAAUGUGAAGAACGUGAAGAUCUUCGUAAAUCACCAAAUGUAAGCAUUACGGUUUCUCAGAAACAGCAAUGUCUCACAUUGUUAGACAAAAGGGCAGCAUUUAUGCACCAAAACCCCUACUUUAAGAUGUAGAACUUUUGGUGUUUAGUGUCCCUAUAACACAACAGUCAAUCAGAAUGAACAUCUCUACCCUGGGGAAAGAAAAAUGCUGCACCCAUUUAAAGCACCUCCACUUUGCAUAUAAGGCAUGCAUUGUGUUCUUGGAAGAAAAUAAGGUGAUGGCGCAAAAAGUACUAGGUGUACUUCACUUCGGCAUCAGUAGAUAAAAACCUAUAAAUAUAAACAUAAAACCACCAUAUCGUAGACUGUAUAAAAGAUAAUAUCCGUAGAAUUAAAUAUGGAGAACACUCACAUAUUUCUGAGCCCUUAAGGUCGGCUCUGAACUCAGUAGGUGUUAUAUAACCACUCCACGUGUUGUUUAAUCGAUGGGUCCCGUAGGUGUGAUGGAAAUCAGGAACCGUGAUAAAAUAAAUAUAAUAUUUUAUUACAAAAAUGAAAAUAAAACAAACACACGAUAAUAAGUAGUAAAAUAGAUAAGCACAACGCGUUUCGACAGUAACUGGUCUUCCUCAGGUGCAUAACCUACUGAGUUCACAUCAUUCUAAUAUAUACAUACAAAUAAUUAGACAAUUCAAAACACAUGAUGAUCAACGUCCAUCUAAGGUAUUUCCGUUUAGUUCUGCCAUCUUGAGAAGGUCAGACAUCCUUCAUCCCAUAAAAAGCCUCCCAAAAUACACACAAAACCCACCCACAACACAAUCAUAAAUACUUGUCUUAAGGUUCUUUAACUGAGACCUCCAUGAUAGUGUUGGAUGCUUUUCAUGGAGGUCUCAGUUAAAGAACCUUAAGACAAGUAUUUAUGAUUGUGUUGUGGGUGGGUUUUGUGUGUAUUUUGGGAGGCUUUUUAUGGGAUGAAGGAUGUCUGACCUUCUCAAGAUGGCAGAACUAAACGGAAAUACCUUACAUGGACGUUGAUCAUAAUGUGUUUUGAAUUGUCUAAUUAUUUGUAUGUAUAUAUUAGAAUGAUGUGAACUCAGUAGGUUAUGCACCUGAGGAAGACCAGUUACUGUCCAAACGCGUUGUGCUUAUUUAUUUUACCACUUAUCGUGUUUGUUUUAUUUUCAUUUUUGUAAUAAAAUAUUAUAUUUAUUUUAUCACGGUUCCUGAUUUCCAUCACACCUACGGGACCCAUCGACUAAACAACACGUGGAGUGGUUAUAUAACACCUACUGAGUUCAGAGCCGACCUUACAGGCUCAAAAAUAUGUGAGUGUUCUCCAUAUUUAAUUCUACGGAUAUUAUCUUUUAUACAGUCUACGCUAUUCUGGUUUUAUGUUUAUAUUAAUAGGUUUUUAUCUACUGAUGCCGAAGUGAAGUACACCUAGUACUUUGUGCGCUAUCACCUUAUUUUCUUCCAAGAUUCUAUGUAUGUAUAAGUGUGAUGUUGGCAUAGCACUUGGGUGAUUUUAGCUGCACGGUUUUAGGAUACUAUUGUGGCGCCAUUGUCUUUAAUUUCUUGUAUAUAUUGUGUUCUAGCAGAUUCCAGAUCCCUGCAUGUAACUAUUUGCAAUUAAUGAGAUGGGAUUUAAAGUAACAUUUGAAGAUGUAGAGCAAAAAUUGCCAUUAGAAUAGGGUUUAUUCACUAAAUAGAACAGAAAUAAAAUCAGCGCUAAAUGGCCACAGUAAGAGAAGGCUGCACUCCUCAAAAGGGAAUCCCCUAUAAUUCCCUAAUAAUUGGAAGAACACAAGACAAACAGUACAGUAAGGAUGCGCCUAAAAUAUAUACUAAAAUAUAUAUAAAAUACAGUAAAUGAUAAAACAAUAUAUAAAAAAUAUGAUAUAAAAAAAUGUCCGAAACUUAUCAAAGUUCGUAAUGGAGAAUCCCACGUGAAGCAAAAGAAGAUUCUUAAGAUGUGGAGUAGGGUCAGAUCUUCAUAGUUGUAUGCUUAGAGUUCAAUGGAACAUAUGUGAAGAGAAGAAGAGACAAAACUCCAAUGGUACAGUAUGUAGAUACGUUGAGAAUAAAAUAAUAGAAUAGGUCUUACUCACAAUUUUCAGAGCUGAGGAUCCAGCUCUGAUAUUAUGCGCGUGAAGUGGAAUAAUCCCCACUCAGGGAUAUGUGGAGUAGAUUUCAAUUGACGAUUCUCUGGUACACAUUCGACAUCCAAAUUACAGACCCAGAAGGAAAGAAUAAAAUAUAUAGUCCUCUCUGUAUUAUGAUAAAAGAUUAAAAAGUAUAAAAUGUAUAUUACUCACAUUCUUUUGAGCAGGUAUAUACUGCUCACUAUAAGCGCUUAGGUGGUAUAAUCCCCACCUAUGGAUUCUUUAUGCUUCUUCUAUAAAUAGGCAAAAUAGGUAGUCAGGUGAAAGAAAAGAAAAAGAAAAAUGGCAAUAAAGUGUUUUAUGCCAAAAAUUCUUUAUUAUAACGUAAUAAAAUGAUAUCUAGACGCGUUUUGCCUCAAGGGCUUCUUCAAGUAGAUAAAAGUACAAAAAUACUUGUUGGCUAAAUAGUUAAAUUUGUUUUGAACCCCUUGUGUGACAUGUCAUGAUUCCCUUUUAUUCCAGAAGUUUGGUCCUUAAGGGAUUAAAGGGACACUAUAGUCCCCAACACAACUUUAGCUUUUAUGAAGCAGUUUUGGUGUAUAAAUCAUGCCCCUGCAGUCUCACUGCUUAAUACUCUGCCAUUUAGGAGUUAAAUCACUUUGAUUAUGCAGCCCUAGCCACACCUCCCUGCAAGUGCCUUACACAGCCUUUCUAAACACUUCCUGUAAAGAGUCAUCUCAUGUUUACACUUCCUUUAUUGCAAAUUCUGUUUAAUUUAAGAUUUCUUAUCUCCUGCACUGUUAAUAGCUUGCUAGACGUUACAGGAGCCUUACGAAUUUAACCACUUAAGGACCAAACUUCUGGAAUAAAAGGGAAUCAUGUCAUGUGUCCAUAAGGGGUUAAGGAACACUAUAGGGUCAGGAACAAAAACAUGCGUUCCUGAUCCUAUAGGGUUAAAUUCACUAUCUAGGCCCCCCCCCACCCAUAAAUAUAGUAAAAUCUUACCUUUAUUCUAGUCUUCCCUGCUGGCUCUCCCCUGAUCUGCCUUGUUGGCUGACAUAAUCAGAAGUGAUGAUCUGAGCCAAUACCAAUAUUUUUCCACAGGAAAAUAUUGGAUUGGCUGAGAUUGCCAAGAAGGUGGGGCAAGGGGCAGAGCCAAACACCACCCUAUCCAAUCAGCAUCUCCACUUGUUCUGAUGACUAUAAUGUCUCUUUCAAGUUCAAUUUACAGAACGGAAGAUAAACACUUUUUAAUUAAGUUACAUCUGAUUAAAAAUGAAACCAUUUUUUUUAAAUUUUUUAUUUAUUUAUUUAUUUUUAAAUUCUUUAUUUUUGGUCGUGCAUAAGAAUACAAGGUAGCCCGCAAUGCCACAACAGCAAUUGCCGGCAUACGUCAAAAACACAAUUAAAUAGUGAAACAUGACAACAGUCGUAGUGAGCAAUAGCAUUACGUUUCUACUUGAGUAAACAGCACGGUAUUUAUAAUAAUGGUUUGGUAGUUAAACUACGCAAUCUCAAUUGUAGAAAUGAAAAAUAAAAAAUAAAAAAUAUACAAUAGAGGUCAAAUUACAUGCUAUGCAAGAAGCGGAUCGAUCAAUGGCAGUGAUAUAUUGGGAGGUACACGUUGGGCAAACAAGUGAGAGAUCAUUUUAAUUUUUAGUAUUCCCGCUUCCUACCGGGAUGUGGAGCCCUGUUUGGACUAAGUAGUAGGCCCGAGAAAUAGUACAGGGUGAGGGCACGUAAGUAGGACCACUGUGGUGUAGGGUAGCUUAAAAUAGCGGAUAUGAAACCAUUUUUGUCAUGAAGGCUGGGUCAGUCACAGCCAAUGGAGGUGUGACUAGGGCUGCAUAAAACAGAAACAAAAGUGAUUUAACUCCUAAAUGGCAGUGAAUUGAGCAAUGAAACAUCAGGGGCAUGAUCUAUACACAAAAACUGCUUCAUUACGCUAAAGUUGUUUUGGUGACUAUAGUGUCCCUUUAAAUUCACUGCAGUUUCAUAUACAAUGAAAAUAAAUUUAUUCCUAUUUGUUUUUUGUUAGAAGUUUUAAUUUUGGACUAUUCUGUUCUAGUCCCAGAAUAUAUGGUAACACAGUUAAGACUUUUUUUGCUGCUAAUACAUCCUGGUGGCGGUGUUCUGUAGUGUGUGUGCUGAGACCUACUUUUUCGAAUACCUUUUUUUUUGUCCGCCAGGUGAGCACACAAAGGCUUUGAUAACACAGAUGACUCUCUUCAAUAAAGUUCUGGCAGAGCUGAGAGAGGAUAUACGAGAACAGGUAAGCUUGGAGGAGCCCAGGUUACACAGCCAUUUAGGACGUGGCAUUGGUCAUAUUGGGGAACACACGUAUUAAACCUUAAAGGACCAAUAACAGGCUAUGCAAUAAAAAAACAUUUGUUCUUUAAACUCUUCAUGGAGCAGAUUGGCAAAUUUAAUCUUUAGUAAUGUUUAACACAUUUUGCUUUCUGAUAUUUGUUUUUUAAACUGUUAUACAUAUGUUGAUAAGGGAUUAGGUACGUAUUGUGAUCUUGUAUUGCAAAUAGCACGGUCCUCUAGGGCAGGGGUAGGCAACCUUUUAGUAGCACUGUGCCGAUAUAGGAUUGUGAUGUCCCGUAGAGUGCCGGUCCUAUUUUUUAAAAUUGAAGUGUGUAUGUUGCCGUAUUCUGCUUGUGUUAUUUAUACAGUAAUUGCUUUGUAUCGCUGAAUAUUUGUGCGUAUAUGAGCUAUUAUAAUGUGUAUGUUCACAGGAGUAGUUUGUGGUAUCAUGUAUGAUACAUAUGAAUGUGGGCUGUGUAUGGGGGCUGCUUGUGGAAUUGUGUGUGUGGAUGGAUAUGUCACGUUGUGCCUUUGGUAGUGUGUGUAUGUGUGGGGGCUGUCUGGGGUAUUGCAUGUGAGAGACUGCAUGUGGGGUUGUGUGCAUGUAUGUGUAUUGUUAGCAGGUUACGUUUCUGCGGAUUGUGUGUAUGUUUGUGGGCUGUUCGUAUUAUUUGUAUGAGGGGAGGGUUAUUGUGCAUUUCUGUGUUUAUCUAGCAGUGUGGUUGGCUUCCCUGGGUUCCAGUGGGGUCCAGGCUGGCCAGGUACAGGUCAAGGACAGGAGCUGCAACAGUCGCUGCGGGCUGCUCUACUACAGUGUGGACUCCUAUUUAAGUGCUGGGAGGAAGUGAUCAGAGAUCACUUCCUCUAUGUGUUGCAAUGCAUAAAUUGAGGAUUGUCCUUCACCACCUCUUCGUAUUAGCAGAUAUCUGAAGUUUUACUGGGACUCCUAAUAGGCCAGAGCCUGUUUGGCUCUAGCAGCCUUGAGUGCCGUGCAAAGACACCUUGAGUGCCGUAGGUUGCCUACCCCUGCUCUAGGGUAUAAACAUGCACAGUCUUUUGAAUUAACAUAAAUCCAGGCACCUUAUUGUUGAAAUUCACCAAGGAGACAGCAGCAAGUGAAAGAAAUAAUAAUGUAACAGAAAUCCCUGCAAACAAAAUCCUAGCUCGUCUGAGCGCUUACUAACAUUAAAUUCCCUAUCUCUCAAGGGUUACACAAUAACAAUACAGGCUUCACCAACCUAGUGUCUUGUCAACUGUCUGCACUCCAGAGGCCCACAUCUAAACAUUCAUUUAUGUUACAUACAACACAUACUCUCCCUGGGGUUAAAUGUCAUAUGCCUCUCUGAACAAUUUAGCAGAAAUUUAAAAUCCCUAACAAACAACACAUAGUUACAUAGUUACAUAGUUACAUAGUUACAUAGCUGAAAAGAGACUUGCGUCCAUCAAGUUCAGCCUUCCUCACAUUUGUUUUUUGCUGUUGAUCCAAAAGAAGGCAAAAAAACCCAGUUUGAAGCACAAUUUUGCAACAAGCUAGGAAAAAAAUUCCUUCUUGACCCCAGAAUGGCAGUCAGAUUUAUCCUUGGAUCAAGCAGUUAUUACCCUACAUUGAAAGAUUAUAUCCUUGAAUAUUCUGUUCUUGCAAGUAAACACCAUUCACCUUAUCACAGUAUGUAGAAUUAUUUUGGUGUGUGUUAUCACAUUAAGUUUUCUUGAUGGCCUUGGACUACAAGUAGUAAAGGUGUAAUGAUUGUUUUGGGGAACAUGUCAUUGUUCUGUAGUUGAGUUUUGGAUACUUCAGGACUAUUUCAGUCUUGGGGCAGCUAGUGUCACAGUACAGUUGUGUAUAUUGACUCAGGACACAGGAGAAUGAUUUUUAUGGCCAAACGUGACAUGGUGGCUUUUCUUUUUCACAGAAAAGAUCGCUUUGGUGAGACUAGUCUUGGGGUGCAGGUGUUAGUGAACAAAAGUUUCAAAGUUAGACAUUUUUGUGAAUUUUUUUUCUGGCAGGUGAAGGAGAUGUCUCUUAUCCGGAACACAAUCAUGGAAUGUCAGGUUUGCGGUAAGUCUGAUCCCUACCUCACUGUUCCUGGUUUGUGAUCCUCCCACUGCAGUUGAUGGGCAAAAUGGAACUGUGGGAGAUGGUGUUUGUCCCUCCUAGUGCAGGAAGGCACAGGUGGAUGGGUAUUAUGGCACAUAGCACCUGCACCAUCCAUUGCGGGGUGACAGGGGGAGCUAUGGACAAAAAUGUAGGCUUUCCUCCCACUGCAAGGUGAUAUGGACAGAGGAGCAUGGUGGGACAUAAUCAGCCCUACCCAUCAGGGUGUUAGGGGACACAGUUUCUCUCCCUUUCAUAGUAGCAUGAGACAGGCAGGGGGAGCAUUUGGGACAAGAAAUUAAAGACUGUCAGUACCCUGCAAAGUGGCAAAGAGAUGCGAUAGUACAGGCUACCCACCUGAGUUUUGUGCUAUGCUGGGAGGUUCUUAUUAGUUGGACUGCUCUACUCCAGGCAUCAUAAUCACCACUGCAAACUGUAGUGGUUAUAGUACCAGGAGUGCCACGGCACCCCCCACGUGAGUAGACAUCAACUUCUUACCAGAAUCCCACUAUGCACUUCUCACUGUCUCUCUGCAGCCAGAAGCUCUCAGCUGAGCUAACACCAGAAAUGUGGGGCUUAGCUCAAUGGUGGAGGAAUUAGAGGAGGAUGACAGGAAGGGAGGGGCGCCAUGUAAGAAGUCAAACAGUUUUUUCUGUACACAUUUAUUGUAACCCUUUUCCUUAUUAAACAUACAGUAACUAUGUUUGCAAACACAAGUAACUAAAUCUAUAAAUCAGAUCUCCCUUGUCUGUUCUGUAAAAUACUAUAAUUAGAAUUAACUAAAUAACACUUGUUUGUACGCAUCUGUAACUUUAUAUCAGCUGAAAACUGUUGCCAUUACCCCCGUUCUAACUCUAUAUAUCCAUAUCCUUGUCCUUUCACCCCAGGAUUUCAUGAACACCGCUCUCGCUGUAACCCCAACCCCUGCUUCCAAGGUGUAGACUGCAUGGAAACCUAUGAAUACCCAGGAUAUCGCUGUGGGCCUUGUCCCCCUGGAUCCCAAGGAAAUGGCACCUACUGUGCGGAUAUUGAUGAGGUAGGUUACGGUGUGGUAUAGAAAUAGAGGUAACAAUACAGGAGUGGUAUAGCAGCUGGGGAAAGCAAUACAAUAGAAAAAUAGGUUUUGGGCACAGCAGUUGGGGUAAUCCGGGUGCUGCGUGGGGGUAGCCAUGCAGUCAGGGUGCUGCAGUUGGGGUGGUAAGCGAAGCAGUUGGGGUGCUGCAGUGGGGGAUAAGCGAUGCAGUCAGAAUGCUGCAAUGAUGGGGGUAGCCAUGCAGUAAAGGUGCUGCAGUGGUGAGUAGCCAUGCAGUUGGGGUGCUACAGUGGUGGUAGCCAUGCUAUCGGGGUGCUGCAGUAGGGGUUAAUCCAUGCAGUCAGGAUUCCGCAGUGGUGGGGGUAGCCAUGCAGUUAGGGUGCUGCAGUGGGUGGUAGCCAUGCAGUCGGGGUGCUGCAGUGGGGGGUAGCCAUGCAGUCAGGCUGCUGCAGUCGGGGGGUAGCCAUUCAGUCAGGCUGCUGCAGUAGGGGAGUAGCAAUACAGUUGGGGUGCUGUAGAAGGGGGGGUAGUCAUUCAGUUACGGUGCUGCAGUGUAGCCAUGCAGUCAACGAUUAGCCAUGCUGUUGGGGUGCUGCUGUGGGGGCCAGGGGGUAACCACACGGUCGGGAUGCUGGGGUGAUAGCUAUGCAGUCACAGUGCUGCGGUGGUGGGGUAGCCAUGCAGUUGGAGUGCACGCAGUUGGGGCUAAUAAAACACUUUAUGAACAAGACAAAUAAUGGAACAACAUUAAGGAUUUCAGUGUUGACACUAGCACUAAUAGACUUCUAUGUAACUCACAUCAAUAAUGUCCUUAUCUCCCACACAGUGCGCUUAUGCAAACCCUUGUUUUGCCGGAUCAAAAUGUAUAAAUACAUCACCUGGGUUCCGUUGCGAUGUUUGCCCCCGUGGGUACAAAGGUAACACAGUAUCUGGAGUUGGAGUAGACUAUGCCAAAGCCAGCAAACAGGUAAGAAAAACCUAGGUGGAGAUUGGCAUAACUUUGCUUGGGGAUGUUGAUUAACUGGAGGUAUAUAAGUAUUUAGUAGGGGGCACCAACUCCAAAUUUUGGUACCUGUGGCUGUGCAGAUGGCCAGAAUCCAUGCUCCAAGGAAUGUUACAGCUUGUUAGAGUCUUACUUUUUCAAUUUUGGAUAAGCUGGAGGUGAUGGUUCUGUCUAAAGGGUAGUGAGUCUGGUGGUGUAGUUAUAGUAGGUUCGAUGAGUCAGUUAGAAUAAACAGAGAGUAGAAUUUAAUUUUACAUUUGUUUGAGUUCACUUGAUCUGUUGGUAUGUGAUUAAAAUGGAGAUAGGACUACUAUGUGGUAUUUGGAUGACAAUAGUGGGAGAGGAAUUUUAUUGACCUCUUGGUUGCUAUGAUGACGGUGAUGAGAUGAGGAGGAUGGGUGCACUGGUAAUUGGGGUUGUGGAAGGUUUUCGAUGGUUUGUGAGUGAGUUACGUAUAGUGUUGUUGGGGGUAUAAUAAAACUCUUUACAAGGGGCACUGGGUUGUGACUAGAGGGCUAGCUAGGUAGUGAUCCCAAAAUGUGGUGCUAACAUUUUAUUUUUUUUACUUUAAGGUUUGCAAAGACAUUGAUGAGUGCAAUGAUGGCAACAAUGGUGGCUGUGCUGCCAACUCAAUCUGCACCAACACUGUGGUAAGUGUCCAUUUGUACAUGGCUCCAACCCCCUCACUGACAGUGUGGAAAUGGCUCCUCCCCCUCACUGACAGUGUGGAAAUGGCCCCUCCCCCUCACUGACAGUGUGGAAAUGGCUCCUCCCACUGCACUAAAAGUGUGGUCAUGGCUCCUCCCCCCUCAUUGACAGUGUGGAACUGGCUCCCUACACUAGCAUUAAGGAAGUGACAUAAGUGACAUUCUUGCUGGGUAUCUCCUGAUCUUUCCCCGCUCUUUGCUGAUUAUAUCCUGGUGCAAACAGUGUGCUGUGAAUAAUCUGGAUUUAUUUUAUGUCCAUGUUCUUUCUCUAGGGCUCCUACAGAUGUGGCCCCUGCAAGCCUGGAUUUGUGGGUAACCAGACAGUGGGCUGCUCAACAAAAAAAUCCUGCCUGGGCCCAGGCUUCAAUCCCUGCCAUGUGAACGGGCACUGUGUGUUUGAGAGGAAUGGAGAUGUUACAUGCGCAGUAUGUCAAUUUAUCUAAACUUAAUGAAGCAGGAAUGUCAUUUUACUACCUAUCGCACCUGGAUGUUACAUUGAACUAGGCAUCCACUGUUGUUUAAUUCUCAUACUGUCUUAGAUUCAUUUGAGGGAAAAUUUACAAGUUUUCCUUGAAAUGAAUCUGCAUUGAACCAUGUUUUUCUAGACUUUAAGUGUUUUUAAUAUGACUAAUUAGACAUGCAGGUAAUCACCUCAUUAAGACUUGGUAUUUUCUGUUGUAUUGAUUGCUUUCUUUUUGCAGUGCAAUGUUGGCUGGGCAGGAAAUGGAUAUACCUGCGGACGAGACACAGAUAUUGACGGUUACCCAGACGACCCAAUGCCAUGUAUAGAUAACAAUAAGCACUGUCGGCAGGUAGGCUGUGUCUGCAAUGGAUAAAAAUACUAAAGUUUCUAAAUUAGGAGUAGAUGUAAUUACGAUGUAAUCUUGAAUUUAUUCCUUAUAAAAUGCACAUGGAACAUGGGAUUUAUGUGUAAACCACAUGCACACUAAAUAUAGGAUAUGACAUAACGGGGGGGGGAUGAUGUUGGCUUGAGUAUUUCUUCUGAACAGGAGAUUGUGGGAUAUUUGAUGGUGCCUCCUGUGGGCUUCGGGAUAUCUGGACCCAUGGCAUGCCCAAGUGUAGGUUUUGUGUUAUACACGAGUGCACUGCAAUGUACUCUUGUGAUUUAUUUUUUUUAACAGGAUAACUGCAGGUACACCCCAAACUCCGGCCAGGAAGAUGCUGAUAAUGAUGGGAUUGGGGAUCAGUGUGAUGAGGAUGCAGACGGUGAUGGAAUCAAGAAUGUGGAGGUAUCGCUUGGAAUAUUAUCUGUAUAAUCAUGAUUUGUAUCAUAACCUCCGGGUCAUUUACCCCCGCUGGUAAUUGUGCAGUUACUGAACUAGAUCUAGGCAGGUCCUAUCAGUGGAUAUUUUGUUUUUCCCCUUCGACAAACUAAUUCAAGCUGCACUUUACAUGUUACAGUGUUUCCAUGGUUUCUUUGUCCGUCACAGGAUAACUGCAGACUUACCCCAAACAAGGAUCAGCAAAACUCUGACACAGACUCGUACGGGGAUGCAUGCGACAACUGUCCUAACGUCCCAAAUAAUGAACAGAAGGACACAGAUGCAAACGGGGAGGGAGAUUCUUGUGACAAUGACAUCGAUGGUGAUGGUGAGAGAAGUUGUCUGGGUCAGAUAUAAGGGUUGAAUAGGUGUGCAUGGUUGUUACAUGUGUUGUUGUAUAUUAACUGUCAGUUUAUUCAUUGUUUGUGUUUUUCCUCUAUAAAUGUAUAUGUGUGCAUGUGUACACUACAUAUCACAUCUGUCUACAACCAGGUAUCCCAAACAUGCUGGAUAACUGCCCCAAAGUGCCUAAUCCGCUGCAAACCGACCGGGACAUGGAUGGGGUGGGUGAUGCUUGUGAUAGCUGCCCGGAGACCAGCAAUCCCACCCAAGUAAGUCAGGUGUAAUGCCAGAGUGAUGAUGCAAUUAUUCGAUAUGACGUACUUAGUAUGCACAAAUAGGCAAACCAUAUAAAUUAAUAUAAUAAGGGCUUAGCACUCAAUUACAAAAAGGGUGAGAAUCAUGGCUUAUAGCAACAUCCCGAUCCAAAAAAUAAUAUACUACAUCUAAGUGCUAGACUUUGCCAAAAUCAUUACCAGGUUCUGUUUUCAUACAUCAUGACAUUUGAAGUGCUCCAAACCAGUUGGUUGUCCCUGUGUGUGCAUCUCUCAGCCCUGGCCAACUUACUAAUGCUGCCAAUCAUGUAUAACAAUCCGAUGCUGGAUAACAACCAUGCCAUUACGUAAUCUGAACAGCCAUGUACAGUGAUCAACUAAACCGCAAUGAUGUACAAUGAUUAUAUGAAUAUCAUUACAGGACUUUCUGUUAUAUGAAUGUAUGUAUAAAAUGUAUAAAUGAACCCUGGCUUAUGAAACUACUAACACACACGUUUUACAAAUCUAGUCAAAAGUCAAAAAACAUACAACACAAGUACUAUAUGUGCACAUGGUGUUGCUACAUGAUAAUCAUGUGGACUAGUGUGCAUAUUUAAUGCUCAUUGGUUAACUUAAAGGGAAACUAUAGUGCCAGGAAAACAAAGAAUAAUAUGCUUUCCUAUGGGGUUUUGGGUGACGCUGCAUAGCGUGAGGACGUCCAUCCUCAGUUAGGUGACCACAAGUCGUCUAACGACCCAGAAGUCAAUCUAGUGGCUGUCUGGUAGACAGCUACUGGAGGUGGAGUUAACCCCAGCAGGUAAUUAUUACAAUUUAUUAAAAAUAAUUACCUUUGCAGGGUUAAAGCACCUGGGAUAAGCUGAAGUGGUCUGGGUGCCUAUAGUGUCCCUUUAAUUACUACAAAACCUCUCUUACUCCUCUAUUCUGCUGCUGCUUGGUAUACUAUAGAGUUGCACUAUAUCUGUAUACAAAGAGGAAAGCUGUUUAUAUACAGUAUCUCACAAAAGUGAGUACACCCCUCACAUUUCACACAGCCAUCAAUGUCUAAACCGUUGGCAACAAAAGUGAGAAUAAAUGUUAUUUUGAGGGUACAGCAAAUUUACACUGUUAUACAGGCUGUACACUUACUACUUUACAAUGUAGCAGAGAGUCAUUUAUUUCGUGUUGUCACAUGAAAAAGAUAUAAUAAAAUAUUUACAAAAAUGUGAGGGGUGUACUCACGUUUGUGAGAUACUGUAGGUCUAAUCUGUAGGUAUGACUUUCAGACCUAUAACUAAGUAACAAAGACACUUAUUGAAAUGUGAGCAAAUCCACGCCAUGCACUGAAUAAAAUUGUACAUUGCUGUCCCAUUUUACAGAAGAAUCUGGUUGUUUUCAUUUUUUUAAAUAUUUUACAAUAUUGCUUAACCCCUUAAGGACCAAACUUCUGGAAUAAAAGGGAAUCAUGACAUGUCACACAUGUCAUGUGUCCUUAAGGGGUUAAAGGGGCACCAAAAUUGCUAAAAGGCACACAGACCACUUAAUUGCUUUUUAAAAACAUUGCUUUUCUUUUGGAACAGCCAUUAUAAGCACUUGCUCUGCUAUAACAAAGUAAAAAUCUUUUAACUCACUCUACCCAUGAUGCAUUUCUGCUUGGAUACGUCACAUGCCAGCUUCUGAUUGACUUUAGUUCUUUUUUUUCUCCAGACAGAUGCAGACAGCGAUCUGGUGGGUGACAUGUGUGACACCAACCAAGAUAGGUAAGUCACUUUCUGGGUAAAAGAACGGGAGAAACCAUGAGUAUUAAAUACACUAUCCCAACCGCCCCAAUUCUUUACUGCUGUGUAAUCACUAUUGUAACCCGCACCAACUGCUUCACACCCCCACAAGAGGAACAGAGUUACCUCAGGGGUAAUGCGUUUUUGGUUGUGGAUUUUUCAGCAUUUCCAAAUAGUUGGAUUAAUAUUAAUUGAUGCAAAUGUCAGUCUUUUGCUUUUGGCAUUACAAUGUGCAGAUCAGACAUGCCUACGGGUUACAAUUACACUAUGAGCGUUUCUUGACUUGUACAAUUUUACUGGCCAGUCAGGGCUCAAAAUUUCCACUUGCCGCUAUUUAUUGGCAAGUGAAAAUUCCGCCCUGGUGAGUAGAAAUUCCGCCCUGGUAAGUGCUAUAAAAUUCCUACAUGCUUACAGUGCUAAGUAACUUCGUAUGCCUGGCUGGUAGUGUAGGACCUAAAAUUCUGAGCCCUGCAGUAUAAUGGCUGUCAAUGUUGUCAAUUACGGUCUGUUUCUGUGCUGCAAAACUAGUAAUUAGUGGUUGCCGAAGGAUUUAAACUUCUGCCAUACAGAUAAUUACAAGUUGACAAAGUAACACCUGUCUUCCUUGCUAAAUGUUAAAAAAUAAGUAAUUACAUUUUUUUUUUAAAUUACCACCUGUCAAUCAAUAUCGGACUAAGAACACCUGCUGCAUAUAGGCGUAAAGACACCUUAACAACUCUCAAUACAUCGUACAUUAAACAAACUGCUUUUUAAAAAAAAAUAAUAAUAAAUUAUUUACAUUUAAAGGGACACUAUAGGCACACAGACCAUUCCAUCUCAUUGAAGUGGUCUGGUAAAAUAUCCCUGUCCCCUCAACACUAAAGGAACACUAUAGUCACCAGAACAACUGUGGCUUAAUUUAGUUAUUCUGGUAUCUGUAACCUGUCCCUGCAAGUUUUUCAAUGUACACAGUGGCUUUUCAGAGAAGAGGCACUGCUUACAUUGAUGUCUAGGAACACCUCUAGUGGCAGUCACUCAGACGGCCACUAGAGGUGUUGUACAGUAUGCAGCACUGGCAUUCAGAGUCUCCACGCUCUGCAUGGAAGCGCUGAACGCUCCCCAUAGAGAUGCAUUGGGUUAAUGCAUCUCUAACGAGAUGCUGAUUGGCACAGAGUGGCGUUUUGCUGCACAAAUGCAAUAGCCUCCCAAUGCUUACCAUGUAUAACUGACACUAUAGUGUUACUUUAAGACAACCUCCAGACAGCCACUAUAGGUGCCUCAUGCAUUUUCACUAAGUUUAACUUAAUGAAAGAAAGUUGGACAUCUUCACGCCAUGCAGGAGAACCUCCAGCAUCUUCAAAAUCAACAUAGGAAAACACUGAUUCAUUGAUGCACGCGCAUUAGAGUUUUCCAUCGGAGGAGGAGCCAGACCCAGUGCGGAGGGACCUAGGAAAGAGCUAUGGUAGAAAAGGGGUUUUUUUUUUAACACUUUUCAUGCUGGCAGUGGAGGUGGGGGGACACUAGUAACUUAGGCAUAUGGGCAUACUAUAGCUUUAGGAAUACAGAUUUAUGUUCCUUUUAAGCGCUAAAGCCAAUCUGCAAGCAUAGUGUACGCAGUUUGAAAUACUUGUGAAAAGUCACAAAAUCUUAGAGGGUAACUACUCAAUUCAAACGUAGAUUUUAUUGAAAUAUUGAAAGGUAAAUGCAUAAAAACAAAUGGUAAAAUCAAUGUUUAUUAGAGCGUCAAAGUGCCCUUCAUUUUACAAGAAGUCUUAAGUAAGGUCCAUUAAACAUUCAUGUUUAUUCUGCAGCAUCUCAUAAAAUAAAUUGCUCUGAAGCUGCUAAAAUGAAUUAACCAAAUCAAAAGUUAAGGACAUGCUACACACAAAUGAAAUGUACGGAGCUCUGAGGGUGGUCAGCUGUCCACCAAGAAUAACAUAGAAGUAGAAGUCCAUAGGCGUCACAAUUUAGGGCGAAAAUAAAAAAAAUAUAUGUUUCAGCAGUAAUUAAGGCCCUGUGGCCAAAAUGUGGUAUCUUUUUUUUUAUUUUCUCCUUUUUGAUCAUCAAUAAACAUUUUUGCCCUUACCUACGUUGUGACGCCUGUGGACUUCUAAUUUUAUGAAAAUCCCUAUAUCAGUCAAUAUCUUAUAGUUCCUAAAAACCACCUAUAGGUGGCUCCCAAGUGCUUCUAGUUAAAAAUAGAUUGUAUAAAGACCAAUCCUAUAUUCUCCACAUGUACAUGCUAAAAAUGUUAAUUAUUAUUAUUAUUUUACUAUUUAUAUAGCGCCAGCAAAUUUAAAAAGUGCUUGGUGCAAAAAGCUAUAAAUGACGGGAGAUAUGGUUCAUCAUUUCUGUUGUGGCAGAGACUGAUGAUGCUGGGAGUUGUAGUACAAACAUUAGAUUAAAAGUAUUAUUAUUACUCUACUGUCAUUUAUUAAGCGCCAACAUAUUAUGCAGUGCUAUAUUAUUAUUUAUCAAGCACCAACAAAUUCUGGAGCGCUGGACUAAUAGACACAUAAUUGUAACCAGACAAAUGGACACACAGGAACAGAGGGGUGGAGGGCAGUGCUCAAUGAGCUUACAUGCUAGAGGGAAUAGGGUAUAGUGACACAAAAGGUAUAAGUAGGGGUAAUGAAAUAGGUUGCUAGAAAAAUAUUCACUGAGAACUUUGAUUAUUUUUGACAGUUGCAGGAGAGGAGGGAUGAAAAUCCACUAACAGUUUAAAUGAUAUGCUUUCCUGAAGAAGUGUGUUUUCAAAGAUUUUUUGAAGGAGAGGAGACUGGGUGAAAGUCUAACGGAGAAGGGAAGGGAGUUCCACAGAAAAAGUGCAGCUCUGGAGAAGUCUUGGAGGCGAGCGUUAGAGGUGGGAGUACGGACAGAGGAUAGGCGUAGAACUUCAGCAGAGCGCAGAGGCCUCAACGGGACAUAAUUGUGUAUUAGGGAGGAUAGGUAGAUUGGAGCAGCAUUAUGUAGGGACUUGUAAGCAAGCACCAGAAUCUUAAAUUGAGCCCUAUAUCUAACUGGAAGCCAAUGUAGGGACUGACAGAGGGGGGGAGGCGUGGGAGGUGCGGGCGGACAGGAAAAUGAGCCUCGCCGCCGCGUUCAUUAUAGAUUGCAAGUUUAAAUAGUGUACAGACAUGACAUGUAAGUGGGGACCAAGGAAACGUUAUUAUUUAGACAUAAAGGUCUACUUGUGAUUCUUAGUAAUAUUUAAAGUGUUACUCCAACCACCAUGACCACUUUUGCAGGUAGAAGUGGUCGUGGUAGUAGGAAAAUGUAUGUGCAAUGUUACUGCUUGAAACGCUGCACAUCCAGAGAUAUUUGCAAUUCUGUUCAAUGACCUAUUGCAAUGCAAAGCAUGGUUGGAUUCCGUGUUCUAGAGCUUACAAUCUUCAUAUUCCUAAGGGACGGAGAUGGUCAUCAAGACACCAAAGACAACUGCCCUGACAUCCCUAACAGCUCACAGUUGGACUCUGACAAUGAUGGGAUAGGGGAUGAAUGUGACCAGGAUGAUGAUAAUGAUGGCAUUCCUGAUUAUAAUCCUCCCGGACCAGACAACUGCCGGCUAAUUCACAACCCUAAUCAGAAGGACACAGAUGGUGAGUAGGGGGAUCCACAGGUCAGGUAUUUGCCAUUGAGAUGGAUUUUGACUCCCAUGUGUUGUGCUGUUUCUUGGCAGGGGAUGGCAUUGGUGACGUGUGUGAAGAAGACUUUGAUAACGACACCGUGAUUGACCCUCUAGAUGUUUGUCCAGAGAGUGCAGAGGUCACAUUAACAGAUUUCAGGGCUUAUCAGACAGUCAUACUGGAUCCUGAAGGAGAUGCUCAAAUAGAUCCCAACUGGGUUGUUCUCAAUCAGGUACAGUCAACGGAACCCGGAAACUCAACUAUGUAUCAUGGUACUAGUGUCUGCCUUCUGUAUUUUUUUUGCCCUAGACAAGGAACUAAUUUGCUGCUCCUAAACUCAUAAAAGAACACUAUCAUUAUAACUAUGUUUUUAAGCCUGCUUUGACAGCUAAUUUCCUUAGAUUUAGGGCCCCCUAUAAAAACGCAAGUAAACAUGCCUAUAUUCCAUUGCCAAGACACUCCUCACCGCCGUCCACCUUGAAUCAUCAAUCUUGAAGACUUUCAACCAACCAAAUGCUUCUCAUAGGGAAGCAUUGAAAAAUACACUGUCCUUGUGUGUUGUGGGUAUGUGUCUUGCAAAUGCUUCUCAUUAGCUGCAUUGGGAUGUUGUGAAUGGACAGCCACUCUGGGUGAGGAAGGAGAAGCAGAGAAGAUUAGGCUCCUACAAGGCCCUAGUCAGGUUAUCAAUUUGCACCCCCCUUCAUUCUUCACAUAGGGAUCGUUAAUGGGGGGCCUAUCAAAUUCAUGUUUCCAAAGUUCCUGUCUAACUCAAUGGCUCUCUGUGACUGCCAAGGAUUGGGUUUUGUUGUUAAUUCUGCUCUGGGAAUAGGAGGGCUUGCAAAGGCUGCAAACAAUAGAUCUGCAGCUUUUGUGAGAUCUUUUCAGAUAUACUAGACCUUCCAAGUGUCGCUAAUUAGGAGGGACAGUUUCUUAUUUAUGGGCCCAAGUCCUUCUGUCCCUUUUUUUGUAUUGAAAUGUCCCUCCUUCUCUAAGAGCUCCAUAUUGUUGUCUGAGUGUAUACCAGAGCUUGACAGAAAUAAAACAGUAAUGUAUCUUUAAACUACGGUAGAUGUGUUGUGAAAACAGUCUGACAUUAUUAGUGGCAGAUGUUUUUUAUUAGUAAAUCACCUAAAUUUCCCAGAAAGGUCCCACCCCUGGCCACACUCCUAAAAUUAGUGUCUGUCUUUGUGCAUUAAAAAUGUUAGAACACAAAAUGCAUGAAUGUUUUCAUUAGGGCAAGCACGUCAAACUCAAAGGCUAAGACGGGCCAAAUAAAAGUUUAAGUUUAUGUGGGCCGCAAAAAUAAACAAUUUUAUUUAGAAAAGUACAGUAUUAAAAAAAGUUGCCUAGCUGACACUGGAUGUCCUUGCGCUCGUAGGGCUUCAAAAUAAAUAAAAGAGCGAAUUUAUUUAAAAAAAUGCAUUUGCAUAUAAACAACAUUUCAGUCCAACUACCUUGACAUAUUAAGAAAUGUUUGGUAAUGGGACUGAAGUGGUGAACAGCUGUUGCACAGCUGUAAAAAAAACAAAUGACGUUCUAUGAAUGUGUUCUUUACUUUGCCUGAGAUCAUCAAAACUGAUGAUCUCAGCCAAUCCAAUGCUUUGCUGUGGGAAAGCAUUGGGAGGCUCUUGUGCAUGUGUGGCAAAAAGCUGCGUGGCCAAACAGCAUCUCCAUGGGAAGCAUACACUGCCCACAAAUCUAAUACACUGCCCCAAAUCCAACACAAUACCCCUCCUCCCUUCACUCGACCAUACACUGCCCCCUUCAUCCAAUCUAAUACAUUGCCCCUCCUCCCUCCCACUCUAAUUGAAUAGAUUGCCCCCACUCCCACCACUCUACUUUAAUACACUGCCCCCAACACUCUAAUACACUGCCCCCUCCCUAACUCAAAUAAAUACACUGCCCACCCUUACCCAAUUAAAUACAAUGUUCCCCAGACUUCCCCAAAUAAAUACACUGCACCCUCUCUUCCAUUAAUACACUGCCCCUUCCCUCUCUUAAACUAAUACAAUGCCUUACCCCCUACUUUUACACACUGCCCUUCCCCAAUUCAACACACUGGCCCCCUCCCUCAAAUUAAUAAACUGGCCCCCUCCCUCCCCCAAAUUAAUACAGUGCCCCUCCUUCAGAUUAAUACACUGCCCUCCCUCCCUUAGAUUAAUGGACUGCCCCCUCCCCCAUGCCCCUCUUCUCCUACCUUACAAUUUGCUGUCCGUCCUGCAGUUCCAGCUCCAGCCCUGGCACUGGGAGCAGGAGUGAAGGGGGAGUGACUUCUUUGGUCUGCUCAGCAGACACACAGCCACUCUGCCCUCUUGUGACCUGGAGAGCAAGAAUCAGGAAAUAUUUUUCGCAGUCACAGCUAAAAGCGGCCCCAGGGCAGGCGGGCCGCAAAUAAGUUCACUGAGGACCGCAUGUUUGACAUGCUUGCAAUAGAGUAUAUCUAUUAAAUAGUGAUUUUUUAAAUUUAGGCAGUGGAUUAUCCCUUGAAUAUAUCUAUCCCCCAAAACACAUAGACCAUGCCUCCAAAGUCACACUGCUCAAUUAUCUGCCAUUUAGGAGUUAAAUCACUUUGUUUCUGUUUAUGCAGCCCCAGCCACACCUCCCCUGGCUGUGACUCACACAGCCUGCAUUAAAACAAAAUGGUUUUAUAUUCAAUCACAUCACAUCACAUCACAUCAAUGUAUUAACUGCUCUGUAAACUGAACUUUAAAUACAUACAGGAGGCAUCUGCAUGGUCUAAUCAGCUAUUAACCUAGCAGGAGAUAAGAAAUUCUAAAUUAACCCUUAACCUUGAGAUCCUGCGAUAGAGGCUAAAGAUGAAAGAGACUUCUUAUACCAUUUUAAAAUUAUAUACUUCUUUUAAAUCUUAACCAUUCAUUUGGAUUUUGUACCAAUGUAAGAAGGGUAAUUACAUAACUAAACUGCAUAUUACAAAACGUACUCAUUAAAUCUGUUGUAUCUUACAAAGUCAAUCUUUCAACAUUGUUCUUUCUCUAACUAUACGCAUUUCCAUCUUUAGCUGAUAUACCACUUGUUCUUUAACUACCUCCCAAACUGGGACUUUAACAGAUUUCCAAUUUCUUGCCACAAGUAUUUUAGCCGCUAAUAAGAUGUGCAUAAUUAGUGUAGAAAAUUGCCUGAAAUUUUGGGCUACUAUAUGUAAAUGCAACAAAAAAAUACCCGGAGUUGGAUCUAAGGGUUAAGGCUUUUAUGUUUUGUAAAGUAUGUUAUCUAAAUGGGCUUGUUAUAGUUUUAAUAAAGAAGACAAGUAAUAUAUUUAAAAAAAAAAUCUAAAUUAAACAGAAUUUGCGAUAAAGGAAGUGUGAACAUUAGAGGACUCUUUACAGGAAGUGUUUAAGAAGGCUGUGUAAGUCACAUGCAGGGAGGUGUGACUAGGGCUCAAUAAACAAAGUGAUAUAACUCCUAAAUGGCAGAGGAUUGAGCAGUGAGACUGCAGGGGCAUGAUCUAGACACCAAAACUGAUUCAUUAAGCUGAAGUUGUUUGGGUGACUAUAGUGUCACUUUAAGCAAAAUGUUUAACACACAUGCAUACAAUGUUCAGGCAAGUUGGCCACACACUAUAUAAUAUAUACAGUAGACAAGGAGCCAAUACACAGUGCGGGUAGGUUGUUGAAGCACACGGUACAGGCAGGGGAAAUACAAACAGUGCCAGUGUUAAAAUACACAUAUAACUGUACACAGUACACAAUAGGUUAAAACACAAUUGCUAGAAUUUUUUCAAUAUAAUGUUUUUGAGCGCUAAAGUGCGGUCUAGUUCUCAGUAUCAUGGCUGAGGCAAUAGCUAUAUAAACAUUAGACAACAGGAUCUGGUUGUAUGCAGCCUUGUGGUCUACAGCCAGUUCCUGUGUACACGGAGAAUCUCAGCCAGGAAGGACAAUCCCUGUAUUGCAGUAACUUUACACAAGGCCAAUUUGUUUCUCUGCACCCACCACAAUAAACUGCCAUGCCUGGCUCUCAAUGUGGCUGAAUUACCAUGAACCUCCAGGCAGGUUCCUCCUGAAGCUGCCCAUCAGCAGAAUGCUACACUGAGCUGUUUGCAUUAGAUUAUUUAUUUUCUUGGAAAUUAAGGAGCAAGAAGUUGCCCCCUUGUGGUUGCAGGCUGUUCCCUCCAGUCCACAAACCCACAAAGAGAGAUCUUCUUGCUGUCUGGAAUUGCGCCCCCUAGAGGCUUACACCGCUCAGGCGCCCUCCUUGUAUAAUGCUAUCUCCCUCCCUGUUUUUUAGACCUCGUAUUUAAAACUGGCAUUAAAGGGAAACCAGAGGACGCAUGUCUUUUUAUUUUUUGUGCCAGUGCAAACUGCUAUACUCCUGCGGUCAACCAGAAAGGCAAUUUUCAGAUAUAUCCCCAAAGAAAAAAAAAGCAUAAAUGUAUGUUUUCAUUGGGGGUAGAUCUACUAAAUGCAUUUCUUAUAUUUUGGACAAAGGAGUGUUUAACCGCUUAUGGCAGAUUUCCAGCCUUGUCGGUAAAUAACACUAGUACUGGGCACAGUGUAAGGAUAUUUCGCCAGUUGUAAUUGAACGGUUAGCACCGUCUAGUUUAGAUGCAGAGCGAUGUAUCCAGCAAUCUCUGGUUCCCCUCACUCACUAUAGACUUACACCUCUCCAUCUAAUGAAACUCUUAGUCACAACUGAUUAGCUGCAAAAUUUAUUGUUACUUUGUAAAUAAUAAUUAAAUUGUUCAUGCAUACCUUACAUUGUCCUUGCCUUACAGGCCCAGUAUCCACAUUCAACCAUCACAUCUCCCAGCAGCCACUGCUCACAAGUUAAUGUUAUUGUGCCAGUACUAUCAACUCGCCAAGGUCUAUGGUCAUUUACAGAGUACAAAAUCCUGACACAGUAUUUUAAGAAUUUUACAGAAAUAACCAGGAAUUGAUAUCUUGCCAUUAGUAUUAAAUAGGUAGAAUAACAAGUAUCCUAUUUUAAUUUUUUUAUUUUUUAUUUUGUAAAACAACCUGUUACACGGCUCUUGCUGUCAGUCGGUCCUGUUACUUCUUGGUUUGGUUAGCUCGGUGGAGCUAAACUCAAGAUGCAGCAAUUGCUCAGACUCAGAGCACCUGCCUUGCAAAGUUUUCUAAUUGAGCUGCAUUGGGAAGUCUGUGAUUAGACAGCCACAUUAAAGGAACACUUUAGUGUCAGUAAUACAAACAUGUAUUCCUGACACUAUAAUACUGGUGUGGCUGUUUAGGUGACGAGCCCUGCUCGGAUCAUGCUGAAAGUGAUUUUACUCACCUUUCUCACAUGCUGCGCCAGUCUCACCGCCGCUGGCUCUGCCUCCAUGUGUAAGAUCAUUAGUUUUGAUGAUCUAGCCAAUCUGGUGCUUUCCCAUAGGAAAUUAGGAAAUUAUUGUGCAUGCACGGCAAAACGCCAGCUUGGCCAAUCAGUCUCCUCAUAGAGUUGCAUUGAAUCAGUGCAUCUCUAUGUGGAGUGUUCAGCGCUUCUAUGCAGUGCGUGGAGACACUGAACGCACCUCUAGUCUGAUUGACUGCCACUAGAGGUGUUACUAGGCAGUAAUGUUAACGCUGCCUUUUCUGUUAAAAGGCAGCGUUUACAUUGAAAAGCCCGCAGGGACAGCCUAUAGACACCAGAACCAAUACAUGAAGCUGUAGUGGUGCUGGUGACAAAAGUGUCGCUUUAAGUCUGUAUUGGGAAGGAGAGUGUUAGCUGCGCAUAAUAGAGUAACUAUUGCAAGCCAAGGUUUCCUAUGCCCUCAAAGAAAACAUGCAAAACAAAUCACAUGCAUAUAUUCUUUAGAGUAAAUUUACUAAAUUGUUUAGUGUUUGUCUGAAUGCCUUUUUAAAUGCCUAUAACUAGUGAUCUCACCUGAAAUUUAUGUCUUGUCCCCAGGGUAUGGAAAUUGUGCAAACAAUGAACAGUGACCCAGGUCUAGCAGUAGGUAAGUCUUCCCGUCUGCACACUUACUGCGCUCAGAAUACAUUCUCCUUAUAAAACCACAUGGUUUCUCAAUCUGUAUUCAUGCAUUCAUAAUGCUUUCCUAUGGACGCUUGCAUGCUCUCACUGUGAAAAUCACAGUGAGAAGCACGCAAGCGCCUCUAGCGGCUGUCAGUGAGACAGCCACUAGAGGAAAUAGGGGAAGGCUUAACCCAUUCACAAACAUAGCAGUUUCUCCGAAACUGCUAUGUUUAUGAAAAAAUGGGUUAACCCUAGCUGGACCAGGCACCCAGACCACUUCAUUAAGCUGAAGUGGUCUGGGUGCCUAGAGUGGUCCUUUAAGUCCUGUUAUGAAUUAGGCUCCCAUCUAUUGCAGCUUCUUCUGUCACAUGUUAUUUUAAUAUCUGUACAUGUCCUCGCAGGUUAUACCGCCUUUAAUGGUGUGGAUUUCGAGGGCACCUUCCAUGUGAAUACAGUAACAGACGAUGACUACGCUGGAUUUAUUUUCAGUUACCAGGACAGCUCAAGCUUUUAUGUAGUCAUGUGGAAGCAGACAGAGCAGAUGUACUGGCAAGCUACCCCUUUCAAAGCCGUGGCUGAGCCUGGCCUGCAACUUAAGGUAAGGUAACUCUGAUCAUCCUCUGAAUCCACUGCGCCACCAAACCCCACUUAACCACUACCUCCACUGGUCAAUCAAAAUCCUCUAUCCACUUCCCAAUAUUAGCCUUACUUAUGCUGUGUCCAUCAUGUAAUCCCAGUAACAGCCCCACACAUCAUCUGGAUCCAUCAAUAUAGAAACAUAGAAUGUGAUGGCAGAUAAGAACCAUUCUGCCCAAAUUUUCUAAAUACAUUUUAAGUCCCUGGCCUUAUCUCAAGUCUAGAAUAGCGUUAUGCAAAUCCCACGCAUGCUUAAACUCCCUCACUGUGUUAAUCUCUACCACUUCAGCUGGAAGGCUAUACCAUACAUCCACUACCCUCUCAGUAAAGUAAUACUUCUGGAUAUUAUGUUUAAACCUUUGCCCCUCUAAUUUAAGACUAUGUCCUCUUGUUGUGGUAGUUUUUCUUUUUUUAAAUGUAGUCUCCUCCUUUACUGUGUUGAUUCCCUUUAUAUAUUUAAAAAGUUUCUAUCAUAUCCCCCCUGUCUCGUCUUUCCUCCAAGCUAUACAUGUUAAGACGCUUUAACCUUUCCUGGUAAGUUUUAUCCCGCAAUCCAUGAACCAGUUUAGUAGCCCUUCUCGGAACUCUCUCUAAAGUAUCAAUAUCCUUCUGAAAAAAUGGUCUCCAGUACUCCGUAAAGUACUCCAAGUGAGGUCUCACCAGUGUUCUGUACAAUGUCAUGAGUAUACAACCAAUGUAUUCCUAUACAACCAAGCAUACUGCUAACAUUUCCUGCUGCUCUAUUACAUUGUCUGCCUACCUUUAAGUCAUCAGAAAUAAUUACCCCUAAAUCCCUUUCCUCAGAUGUUGGGGUUAGUACAGUGGCGUACACAUGACCCAUGGGGCCCCGGUGCAAAAAUUGAUCAGUGGCCCAUCCCCCCCGCGCACUUAGUCGGCCGGGUCAGGGCCGCAACACAAGGCGGCCACGGUAUGCACACACACUUAAAGGACCACUACAGACACACAGAUCACAUCAGCGAGAAAUGGCUAUGUUUCACUGAGGGUUAAUCCAGCCUCUAGUGGCUGUCUCAUUGACAGCCACUAGAGGAGCUACUGCGAUUCUCACUGUGAAAAUCACAGUGAGAAGACACUGAACGUCCAUAGGAAAGCAUUGAGUAAUGCUUUCCUAUGGGCGGUUUGAAUGCACGUGCGCCUCUUGCAGCGCACGUGCAUUCGGAGCUGAGAGGCGGAUGGAUCCCCAGCGCCAAUGGAGUCCGGCGCUGGAGAAAGGUAAAUGCUGAAGACACACACUCUCACGAACAGACGCAUACACACUAGCUAACAGACACACACAUUUACUGACAGAGACACACUCAGCGACAGACAUACAUACAUACUCACAAAACAUACACUCUCACUGACAAACACACACUCACUAACAGACAUCAAACACACUCAGUAACAGACACACACAGUAACACUCACUGACACACGCUAGCAGACUCACACUCAAUAACAGACACACUCACCGACACUCACUAGCAGACACACACACUAACACAUACACACUAACACAUACACACUAACACUAACACACACACACAUGUUUUUUUUUAAAAUUUAAUCCCCCCAGCCUCCUUACCUUUUGGAAAGCUGAGGGGAUUCCCUGGGGUCCAGUGGUGCUGCUGGGCUCCUGGGCGGCGCGUAGGGAUGCCGGCGCCGGAAGAUGACGUCAUCAUCCGGUUCCGGUAUCAGUGCAGUGCGCAAGGGAGCUGAAGAGGAAGCACUCACGGGAGAGUGCUCCCUCGCGCACCCGCCCGACUCCCGGGUGUCAGCAGGGCCAGCCUCGUGGGGGCCCUGAGGUGGCCGGCUCCUGGGCUCCCCCAGGAGAAGAGGCUGGCCCAGUGGGUACAUACAGGGUUCACAGGGGCGGCUGGGCCCCCUGGUGGGCCGGGGCGGUCGCAGCCGCGACCCCUGCAUGUACGCCACUGGGUUAGUACUGUAUCAAAUAUUCUGUACUCUGCUCUUGAGUUUUUACGUCCAAGAUGCAUUAUCUUGCACUUAUCCACAUUAAAUGUCAGUUGCCACAGCUCUGACCAUUUUUCUAGUUUACCAAAAUAAUUUGCCAUUUGGUUCAUCCCGCCUGGAACAUCAAUCCUGUUGCAAAUCUUAGUAUCAUCAGCAAAAAGACAUACCUUACCAUCAAGACCUUCUGCAAUAUCACUAAUACAAAUAUUAAAGAGAAUGGGUCCAAGUACAGAUCCCUGAGGUACCCCACUAGUAACUAGACCUUGCUUUGAAUAUACUCCAUUGCCUACAACCCUCUGUUGCCUGUCACUCAGCCACUGCCUUACCCAUUCAACAAUAUUUGUAUCCAAACUUAAAGACUGCAGUUUAUUGAUAGGCCUUCUAUUUGAACAGUGUCAAAAGCCUUACUGAAAUCUAGGUAAGCAAUGUCUACUGCACCACCCUAAUCUAUUAUUUUAGUUACCCAAUCAAAAAAGUCAAUAAGAUUAGUUUGGCAUGAUCUCCCUGAAGUAAACCCAUGUUGUCUCUGAUCUUAAAAUCCAUGUGUUUUUAGAUGUUCAACAAUCCUAUCCUGUAACAUGAUUUCCAUCACUUUUCCCACUACUGAAGUAAGGCUUACUGGCCUAUAGUUGCCCGACUCCUCCCUAUUACCUUUAUUGUGAAUGGGCACAACAUUCGCUGAUUUCCAAUCUUCUGAGACUGCAAACCCAAGAACAAACACACUCAUUCUCCAGGUCCAUCAUGCAAUCUUAAACCCACUUAUAAACGGGCUCAAUAUGCAUUAGGGCCUGAUAAUUUGUACAGUUUUGUUUUUGCUUUGGUUUCAGGCUGUGAAGUCUAAAACAGGCCCUGGGGAACAACUGCGGAAUGCGCUGUGGAACACAGGCCAUACCCAUGACCAAGUCCGGCUGCUGUGGAAGGACCCACGGAAUGUAGGCUGGAAGGAUAAGACUUCAUACAGAUGGCAGCUAAUGCACAGGCCGCAAGUGGGCUACAUCAGGUAAACUGACAAUUUAAAUAUUGCAAGGUAUUUAUUAACAAAUACAUUAUUAUUAUUUCCCUCUGCCACCCCCCUCCCUCCCGCCGCGGUAAAUAAAGGGUUAAAAACCUUUUAUUUACUUACCUAAUCCUAGCGCCAAUGUCCCUCAUACAUUAGGCCUCCUCAUAGGAAAGCAGUGAAUCAAUGCUUUACUAUGAGGAAACAGCGGACACUGAUUGUCCUCAUGCAUAGCGUGAUGACGCCCAUCGUCAGUUACUGGACCAAAAGUCUGUUAACAUCCCGGAAACUCCUCUAGUUGCUGUCUGGUAGAUUUACAUUGCAGCACUAAGGGCAAUUAGGACACUGCACUCAGACCACUUCAAUGAGCUAAUGUGGUCUGGGUGCCUAUAGUGUCCCUUUAAGUAUGUUAAAAGGUCACUGGUUCUUAAGUACUUUUUUUUUUUUUUUUGUAAUUCAAAUUUUUAUUGAGGUAAUUUCCCUCAUGACAAGUUAAAUAGUAUUACAAUGAGUAUGCAACAAAAGCAUAUCAGGCACAUUAGCAACAGAAAUCCUACCUAUUUUGUUUGUUUUGCGUAACAAGAAGAAACAACAUGCUUAUAGUAAAUCAUAGGAUGAGAAAUAGCAUGGUUUGCACAAGUAGUUAGAGGGUAGACAACAUAAAAGUAUUCAAAACACAUGCAUUGAAAUCAUAACAUAAGCACACAGUUGAAAUGUGACUACGGUGAGAUGUCCCAAACUGUUGGAGGGUAUGAAGGCUGAGGCCCAUGCACUAAUGUGGGGUCAACCUAUGUCCUGUGAGGGUAAAGCACUGUCCUGCAAAUUGAGGGGCAGCCAUUGAGAGAGCAUCUAGAGUACAUAGGGAGUCCCAAGUAAAGAAGGGCAUGAGAGAAGCCUCACAUGCUGCUGUACAGAUGCCGUUGUAAUAAUAAUUGCCAGUUGCCCGGCAGGCAGUAUGUCUAGGCCCCCGUUUGCAUGAGUGGCAUCGACAGAGGUGCCAAAUUCGCCACAGUGGUUCACUCCGAACAUACUGCCCUUUAAGGGAAGCCUCACCUCCAGAUACCUUCAUAUGGCCUUCAAACUUGGGCCAAAAAUCCUGGAACAUCCUGUCCACACUCAUGGCGUGCACCAUUUUGCAAAGGACAAGGUGACUUCAGCCUGUCUGUGGAUGCUGGCAAGCACUUACUGCAGCACUAGAGAUAGAUGUCGGGAUAACCCCUACUGGCAAGGGGGGUGGGAGAACAGUGGAAGACCCUCUGAGAAACAUUGUCAGCAGGCGCAUGGAUCGGACGCAUCUCCCACACGUUAGUUAGUAGGCCACAGGUCUGCCCCACUCUCUGUCGAACACGACUGGACGAGCAGCUGGAUGCACUCCACCAUAGCCCAAAAUAGUGUAUCUUCAGUUUAGUAGAGUUAAAAUCGUGGGAUGCGUGCAAUAAGGCUUGGAAAACUGCUUAAUUUUCAGCAUUUACCCAAAGCUUUCUGGAUAUGUGUCCUAUCAUCAUGGCUGUUAGUCUCCGCCCCCUGACUGCUUACUUUUUAUUGCAGUUAACUAUGUUGCUGUUAGCAGGAAAGUUAAAAUAGGAUGUAUCCCAUUAAAGCAACACUAUAGUAACUAAAAUAACUUUAGCUUAAUUUAGCAGUUUUUCUAUAUAGAUCAUUCCUCCGUAAUCUCACUGCUCAAUUCUUUGCCAUCUAGGAGAUAAAUUACCUUUGUUUCUAUUUGUACAACCCUAGCCAUACCUCCUCUUGCUGUGACUGACACAUCGUGCAUGAACAAAAGGGUUCAUUUUCAAUCAGAUGUUAACUUACUUUAGACAUUUUUAUCUCCUGCUCUGUAAAUUUAACUUUAAUUACACACAGGAGAUUCCUGCAGGGUCUAGCAGACUAUUAACAGUGCAGGAGAUAACAAAUUGUAAAUUAAAUAGACUAUGCAAUAAAGGAAGUAUUAAACAUUAGGUACGCUUUGCAGGAAUUGUUUAGGAAGGCUGUGCAAGUUACAUGAAGUGGUGUGUGACUAGGGCUGCAUAAACAAAGUGAAUUAACUCCUAAAUGGCAGAUAAUUGAGCAGUGAGACUCCAGGGUCAUGAUCUAUACACUAAAACCGCUUCAUUAAGCUAAAGUUGUUUUGGUGACUAUUAUAGUGUCCCUAUAAGGUAAGUUGUGUGGAGGGGAUUUACCUAUAAACUGUGAACUGCAAGUCCUAUCAGUGCCAGGUGGUAAUAAACUAUUUAUUUUGUUUAUCACUUUUGUGUGUGUUGCUUUAAUAGAUGGUUUGGAAUUUAGUAGCAAGUUUUGCAAACACAGUGUUUACUGCCACAAGCCUGAAGGGAAUGAUUCUACUCCGCAGAACAAAUGCAUUAAGCUAUAGUUGUUCUGGUGACUAUGGUGUCCCUUUAAAUGGUUACUAGAACUAUUUUCUCAAAUUAUUUUUUUUUUUUUUGCGUUAUGCUCUAAUGGAAGCGAUUGAUCUUUUCCACUUCCCUUAUUAAAUAAAAAAGAAAACCUAUUAGAUUAAAAUUUACCUGCAAGGGAAAAUCUCAUUACAUCUGUCUCCAAUGUGCAGCGCGUGCUGACAGAUGUCAUUAUUGCACAGAAUUUAAAUUAGGCAGCCCAAAGCAGAGUUCUGAGUUGCCCACUUACAGGAUUUUAAGCGGAUAUACUGUACAUACAAACUCCUUCUAAAAGCAGUAGUAGUCAUGGUAGUUGGAUAACCCUUUAAGUUCACUUUUAAUUCCUGACAAUUCUCACGUUUCCAAAUAAGCCUGUGUCGGUAACAUACUGACAUACAGCCAACUCGUUAUAAUACAGUGAGACUGUUAGCUCUCAUUACUCUGCAAGUUCAACUUUGUCAAACUGGUGUACAAUGUCCUUAAGAUUUACGUGGAAUCUCCUUUCCCUUUCACAAAAGACUUGCAUUCCAGAGUCUUAGGAGUUAUCCCCCCUCUUUCCCCACUAAAUCUACAGAGGGUGUUCACUUACUGGAAUGGGAGAGCACUGCUCCACUUUUUUUUUUGUUUGGUAAGCUGGUGAUGUCAGCGGGGAGAUGGACAUUGCCAGGGCAACUCAAUCCCAGUUAAGAAUGCUGCGGCGAUCGAGGGAAAGAUCUUUUCAUAUGAAAAGAAGCGGAACAAAAGACCCGAGAAAGAAAGCGGGUUCCUGGGUCUGGGAACUGAUUCCAGGCAGUGACCCCGUGCUGUGCUUCCCAAUUAACAUCCCCUCCUCUGUGUAUCCCCCUUCUUCCCCCCGCACUAUAGAAAGUGAGGUCAUGCAAAGGGAACUGCUAAAUCAGAAUCGAAGUGGAGGAAUUGCACAAACAUGUCUCAUUCACACUUUUUUUUUCUUGCCCAGAUUCUAAUGUUUCUACAGUUACCUGUACUAUUAAUGACUGAAUGAAUUAAUAUGAAUUACAUAUUUUUGAAGUUGGUGGAUUAUGUCGGGGUCCUUCUGUGGGGUUCUGGGGUCCUCAGCCAAGGAUUAAUGGGGUUUUUACCCCUCUCACUCAGGGUAAAGCUAUAUGAAGGAGUGGACCUGGUGGCUGAUUCUGGAGUUAUCAUUGACACCACCAUGAGAGGGGGUCGACUGGGGGUCUUCUGCUUUUCCCAGGAAAAUAUCAUCUGGUCCAACUUGCAGUACCGGUGUAAUGGUAAGUUUGUGGAAAGGGUGGUGUAGUUGGUUAUAGUGAUGGAUAUUCCGGUCCACACAAGUAUUGGUGAAGUGCAAGUGUAGUCAAGUGCUACAUGAUGGAAUAGCAAGGGCUACGUGAAUACAUGUGAUGAUGGUUAGUGAUGUGUAGGUAGUGACCGUUAGGUGUUGCACGGACCAUACAAGCAUUAUUGUAAUGCCAAGAGUUGUUCUGGUGACUAUGGUGUCCCUGUGGUCUGUAUAUUGGUGAGAAUUUCUACUGAAGGCCACAUGAGAUUACCUAUUUUAACAAAAAAGUAUUGAGGGCCACACAUAUACAGCUGGUUGUGGCAGAUACAUGGGAAGUCAGCUAAUAAGGGGAAACAUGAUUAUUCUAAGGACAACCCAAAAGCCGUGAUAUUCCCCUGCUUUCAUAUUAGAUUUAUUCUUACACUAGCCAAAGAAAUUAGAUAUUUAAAUGUCACAUAAUUAGCAAGAUAGAACCAGUGGCUGUACUGAUAGGUGAAAGCCAACUGCCCUGUCUAAUCUGCCUUUUAUAAAAGCACUCAUGUUUUUCAGGAUUUAGUUUUCUGGGAAUACCUUUAACCAUCUCAAGCUCUCCUACGGCUAGCAAUUGUUUUUACAACUUCUCGAUGAGUUGAAGUGUAAGUUCUUGGUUGAAGACUAGUUUCAGUGAUCUAGAAAUGAAAAGAUUUUCAGGGUCAGUACUUUUCUGUAAUAUGCAGAUAAAUAUAUUGAGGAGUAUAAUCUUUCUCUUAACAGACACAACUCCAGAGGACUUCGAGCCAUUCAGACGGAUUCUCCUGGAAGGGAGAGAGUAGCAGAUAUACAUCAUUUAUCAAACUAUCAAAACUUUUGGAGUCUGUGCCCUAAGAGCGAUCACCAUACUGUACCAGACAUUUGAACCAAAGCUCCACAGACUAUGGCAGACUCCUGCAGUGCCCUAGGUGGGCACAGUAGAGGGGAUCUUACACAAGCUUUCCAUGAAUUAGGACAUCUUAUCUCCUCAUAAAAAGCACAAAGAGAACUUGUCAAGCUGGGACUGGGAAUUAUUACCCUAUAGUUGAGUAUGAAAAUCCAGGGAACUAACCUUCUAAGGAGGUUGACUUCUUCAAUACCAGUAUGCAACAGCAUUCACUAAUCCUCAAAUUGGCCAGAGUGUAAAUAACUAUAACGGACUCCCCAAUCGACCAGUCAAGCUUACUAAGCAGCAAAGCACAGUAGGUGUCAUGCAAACAAAAUGGCUGACAAAGACUCUUGGGCCAUAAUCUAUACACAUUUAUGGAACUGAUAAGCAUAAUGAGGACAUUUCAUUUUUACGGUUUAAUGGUUGCCGUUUCUACGUGUUGCUUAAAUUGUAUUCCUCCACUGUGCAGUUGAUUAUAAUGUCACAUUGUGACCAAAAUCAGUACAAUUUUUUCAUAAAGUUCAGAAUGGUUUUCUAGUGAGUGACAUCUUGUGCUCUGUUCUAUAGGUCUGCAUUUAUAAAAGUAUUCUGUUAUAAAAGACACGUCAAGAAAUUGAACAGUCUCUUCGUACGUCGGUUCUUAGACUAUACUGCAAGUUGGUCUAGUCCUGACAAAAUAAGAGCAUAUAUAUUGUAUGGUUUUUGGAAAAAGCUGAGUGAUUUAAGAAGUGCUUAGUUAUUAGGUUUACAUUUUAUGAAACGGUAUGUGAGGUCACCUAAGGAGUGGAAUGUAGGAAAAAGUUACUGAAAGGUGUUUCAAUACAUCAAGAAGAAAAUAUGUUUAGGUUAAAGGAGCCAGAUCCUGGUAGAGAAUAAUGUUUGACACCUACAGCUAUGAAGGAAAUGUACUGAUGCAUUGUAAUACAGAAAGGAUAGCAUCCUGAUAAUGCACAGUGUGUUAUGGAUGGUUCGGUGGGCAUAAAUUACAUCGACUAUGCAACUAGGCACUUGACGAGUUAGAAUGGUACAGCAGAGAGUGGACAAUGUGCUGUAGGGAGGGAGAGUCUGUGGAUGGAUGAAGUGGCUGUAGAGGUAGGGACAAGUGCAAGAAUUGAGUAAAUGAAGGGAGGGCAUUGAAUGUGAGAUGUGAGGUGCUAUAAUAGGGGUAGGCAACCAUUGGCACUACAGAUGUGGUGAACUAUAUCUCUGCUAAUGCUUUUGCAGCAUUAUGGGUGAUGAAGUCUGCAACAUCUGGAGUGUGAAAGGUUGCCUACCCCUGUGCUUGGAUAGGGAAGGUAAAUGCUAGAAGAGAAACAUAGAAUGUGUCAGGAGAUAAGAACCAUUCGGCCCAUCUAGUCUGCCCAAUUUUCUAAAUACUUUCAUUAGUCCCUGGCUUUUUCUUGUAUCUAGGAUAGCCUUAUGCCUA